AUGACGAGACGCGGGGCCAGCUGCGAACGGUGGAGCAGGUUCUGAAAAGAAACACUUCGGUAUUUUCUACCGAGUUGCCAGCUCGUCUAGAAUUCGGAGGAGUCGACUUUCCGGAGCAGCAAAAAACACAGCGCAUGCCGCCAACCCCGGACUUAACCAACGAUGCGACGCAGAUGCAGCUUGGCUCCCGUGCACUCAAGUCCGAGUCACUAGCAAAAGCUGGCAGUGGAGCUAAAACGUUCGUAAGCGGUCAACUGGACAUGACCUUUCAGGAGCUGCCGACACUGACGGAAGGCAACCUGACACGCAUCGUGCGCGAGGCCGUCGAGGAAAGCCUCUCGCGAGAAUUGCGAAAGAAGCGCGAGCAGAAACGUGCAGACGCAGUGGGUGACGCGCUACAGCCAGGAGCGGUGGUGGAGAGCAGCUUCAGUGAGAUCGGUGCUUUCUACGAAAACUCCGCGAAAAUAGACGCAAAAACCAGCACGAACCUUGCGGUCGCGAAGGACGAAAAAGACGUUGUCGUGUCCGUUGUGUUCUCGGUGGGGACCAGCGGUUUCGGACGGGUGGCGGCGGUGCUUGUGCAGGUUUCUGAAACGGGUCCCGAAAACAAGGACUCUUCGGAGGCCGUGCUUGCAGCGUUGGGCACGGGCAACGUCGGGAAGAGCUUCGCGCAGGUGCUCGUGGGUGCUGUCAAUGCAAAGUACCGGUCCGCCACUGGCGCUACAGAGGAUCUGGUGGACGCGCAGGCGGAAAACGCUAUUUCCACGGGAUCAGGCGCCAAGCUUGCUCCGCAGAUGAGCGGUCGCGCCAGCUUCGAAAUCGCUGUUUUGCCGCCAACAGACGAACAGGGUCUCGAGACGAUGAUUCAGAUGAUUCAGCAAGCGCUGGUACUCGCUGUGCGCAACUCUGUUGGCGUGGAAGUGAAUGCUGAGCAGAUUUUGGUCUCGAUUGAGCCGGGAAGCUUUGAGACUGGCGCGCCGAGCUUCAGUUACACGCUGCCGAUGAUGAGCCAGAAGCUGUCGUGGUACUUGAAGGAGGCACCGCCUGCGACGUUCGCCACCUUUAUAGAUGACGCUGUCGUAGAGCUGGCGAGCAAAGUUCUCAUUCAAGGCAAGGACAGCGCGGCCUACACAGAAACGGACGCAGUUGACGCCGACGAUUCUGCGGUAUCCUUCUUUGAACAGGCUGCUAACGUCGCGAGCAACGCAGCGCUGAUGCAGUACCUGGAAGCCGUUAGUGCGCACUACAGGCUUCCGCAGACGCGUGCAGAGGAAGAAACCUUCACUGCGACUCGCCGCAAACAGCGGUCGGCCGGGAAUUCGACUUCAACGUUCCAUGCGGCCACCGCACGCAGCACUGUGGAUCAGGAGUCUGUGCAGUAUUUGAGCUUCGGCUUCGAGGUCACGCAGGAUCCCGCAACCUCUUCAGGCGCAGAUUUGAGUGACGAGCAGCUGAAAACCUGGCUGCGCCAAACUGCCUUCAAGAUGCUGAGAAAUCUGACUAACACGACAAGGGACGAGACUGCGCAAAAGCAGCUCUUAGCCGUUAAACCAGACGACAUUGUCGUCACCGUGCGAACGGCGAAGACGUCGGAACCGGGUGUACUAACGGGAGGCGCAAAGCCGAUCAUUGUGGAUGGUGGGGUGCCUGCUGGCACAGUGGGCACGACCUCCACGACUACCACAACCACAGCACCCGCUGCUGAGGACUCUGCGACGGCGGCUGCCGCUCCGGAUCAGGAGAUCACGCCAACGCGCGGCGCGAAGCAGGAGAUUCAGGUACAGAUUCCGUUCAAGGGCGACGCUGGCGUUCCUGAUGAGGUUCUGGAGUUGCUAGCAGACUCGGAUGGCGCCACCUUGGCCAAGGAGAUGCAAGGCAACCUGGAGAGUGAGUACGGCAUGGUCUUUGAGGCGGACCCAGUUGUGCCUGCGGCUGAGAUGCCGGAGCGUGCAAGGGACGCGCCUGCUAACAAGGAGCCCAGUUUUGGCGGUGACGUGCUCUUUGUGCGUGGAAGCUUCGCUUUCGAUUUCGAGAACACUCUGAUCGUAGAGCCCACAGACCCCAUGUCGCCGGUCUCACCGGCGCAGAUGAAGCAGAACCGCAGAAAGCGCGACCUGGUUGAGGCCACUCUACCGCAGCUGAUCCGGGAGUCCUUCUUCUACAGUGUGAAGGACAUUUUGGAAUCGGCAAAGCCAGGACCCUUGUCCGCUUCCGCGGCGAGAAAGAACGCCACGGUGGCAAGCAGGGUCGGCGCGAAGCCUUUCGAGUCGUACUCGUUGAGUCGCAGUCAAGUGGCGAUCACGGUCUCCCCGGCAAACGAACCACCCCUGCGGAAAGAGGUACGAACGGUGUCGGUGGUAGUACACGGGAAGUUCCCACCCGACGCAGCCAGCCGUCUCUUCAACAGUCUGGCAGAUCCGACAGCGGGCAAUGCGACCGACGACGAGGCAGCAGUGUCGCCGGGUGCGGCCGCGGCUGGGCUGUUGGUGCGCGGAAGCAAGACUACGAAGGCCCAGUUUGAAGCCGAGCGGGCGUCUUUACCGGCUGUGGACAUUACAGGGGCGGACCUCAGCCGGCGGCUCCGCUUCAAGGUUUUGGAGUUCCUCGAAGCCCAGCUGGGCAACGCACAGACGUUCAUCGAUCAGUACCACUUGGAUGUGGCAGCGGAGGAGGCGUUCCACAACACCACCUCUACCACAACGACCACGACAACUACGACGACGGUAACCGAGUUCGAUAACAGCACGAUUGCGCCGAACACCACGACAACGACUACCACAACGAGCACAUCCAGCACCACCACAACGACGAACUACCUGAUUUUGGGUCGUCCGAGGGAGUCGAAGAACGUCACCAUUGCGGAGUCACUGUCGUUCUGGCCCCGCACCGGCUACUACCAGGGUGUCUGCACAGAUUACACGGCGGAAUUGACCGCGACCUUCGGAAUCGCGAUAACUGCACAUGACGGGUACUAUGACAGCUCUAAGGAGUCGGACAUUGCGCGCAGAUCUGAUCUUUGCACGCACGCGGACUUCGACUGCUCCUCUUCGGACUACGAGUGCUUUGACAAGGGCUCGGUCGCAACAAACGCUCUACCGUCACACUUUUUGGAACUGUGGCGUGACGCAGCUUGGCAUGCAAAUGCGAUCGACAACUGGUCCACUGAAGGUCCCAAGUAUAAACCAAACGCCCAAUGGAAAACGUUCUCGCUGGGAAGAAGAGACUUCGUGUACGAAUUCGUGGACGCUGGGUUGUGCGGAAACGUUUACCCCAAAGCUGCCCAGCCGGACACUAUGUGCAGCCAUACAGCAGCGGAAAGUGAUUUCGGAAUUCCACUCGAAUCCGCAGAGACCUUCAUAUACCCAUUCCGCUACUGCGACAUGUUCGACGCAGCAAAUGACAAGUGCGUUGGUGUUAGUGCCAGCGACGGAAAAUUCAUGAAAUACGUUGGUGUUCCAGAUGGGUUGAUCGUAGAUGCUGAAGUAGACUUGGAAGACAGUAUGGGUGGUACGGGCUGUGAAUCCUUGCGCCCGGGCCCGUUCAUGUCCUGCACGAAUCACCGGUGUUUCCAAAACGGACUUAGCCGCCCGUUGACGGGUGUCCGCAAACAUGGCGCUUCGCAACACGACUAUCAGUGGCUGUGCUUCCGCCACAUGAAGGUUGCCAGCACCGCGCCACGACUCUCGAAGAUGGGUGUGGAGUACAUCGCGCGCACAAGCGCUGCUGCAACCGCUUUUUGCAGUGCCGGUGGCGGGAAGGCCCCGGAUGCGGGCAGCGCGAUCCGCGUGAAGAACAUCACAAUGUCAGAGUGCUUCAAUUUGUGCAACUUCCUCGGUGACACGUGCACGGGAGUAAGCGGGAAGAAAGCACCGACGCCAGAAGACGAGAUGGACUUCUGCGUGUUGCACGCGCCGGCGAAGACUUGUGCGCAAGUCCACUUUGAGGGGUCGCGACCGACCGGCGGACGACAUACUACGACGCCCGGCGGCACGAGUCUCAGCGACGCCAGUGAGAACUACCAGGCGGCGCAGCCCAUCGUCGGCUGCCAAAGGCGCAUCACUGCAGGUGACGGCUCCGUGUCCACAGUGCCGGCGGUGACUUGUCCAGCCAUGUUUCAAAUCCGUAAAGGUGACGCUGAGUUGCACUUUGCGGUCGAGGGGCCGCACGGUGUGGACUGCUGCGAGCCUCUGACAUGCCGUGACUUCAGUUGCCCGGCAGCGAACCCCAUGACCGACGCGACGAAGAAAUGCGCAUCUGAAGUUUGCACUGCGUUGGAGUGCUGUGACAAGUUCACCACCACAAGCACGACCACGACCACCACUACCACAACGUCGACGAGCACAACGAUCACAACGACCGCGACUGCGACGACCACAAGCACCACGCUUCCCGUCGCACUGGUGGCGCAAGAGGCUGCCGAUGAGGCGGGCAAGAUUGCGGAGAAGAAAGGCACGAAGGAGCGCAAGAAGCAGAUCGCUGAACAGCUGGAAAUCUUGAAGGGUCUGCUUCCUCUCGGCAUCACCACAACGGGAAGUGGGGGAGCAGUGAGUACGACGCGCACUACGCUCAAAUUCAGCGUGAACACGACGGCAGGAACGCAACCGCAGAAGAAGGCGGCGCAGAAGCUGUUGUUGGAGGCGUACCGCGACGGCAAACUGGCGGUUGAGACUUGGGUGCAAACUGCAGUUGCACGAGCACUCAACGAAAUUGCUGGCCUCGACGUGACCCCGUCGCAUGUCGCGGCCUCGCUGAAAUUGCCACUGGAUCCGACCGCUGACCUUGAAGUGGCGGUUCUGGUCCCGUUCAGCACGCCGACUGUGCGCAACAUGCUUUCUGCUACGGGUGGGCGAUACUUUGACACCUUCAUGGCCGCUUUCCGCAAGACUGUGAAGACGGAGGUAGAAGCCUUCUCUCGCGAUGUGCAGACGAAGUACCUCAGCGACUUGGCGGAGGAUGAGAAUCCGUUUGUCGGGAUGGCUGGCUUCGUCCCGAAGCUUCCUGGCGAAGAAGGCUACGUCGAGCCGACUACGACGACGAGCACUACACCUGUGCCGCUCACUGUUGCAGACGCACUCGCCCUCGACACCACCACGCAGUCACGCUACGCUCUGCGCGAUGGGCGCCAAAUCGUGAAUAACCGCAAUGUCACCUUCGAGUUUGCCGAGACCAGUGCGACAGCGCUGACCCAAACUGCGAAGGCGACCGUGUACGCAACUACGAAGGUCAAACUCGCUCUUACUGUUGCGGCCAACGCAACGCAGCCGGGCGAGGUAGCAAUGGCUUCCCUGGCGCAGGCAGCUGCGAGCGAGGCAAUUCGGCGAUCAACAAAGGACGGUCUCGUUGUGCCCCCGUCGCAGGUGGAAGCCCGUUUCCCCGAGGCCGAUCGGUCUGCUUCGGCAGCGAGCGAUGUUGGGGGCAGGCUACGAACGUACGCGUUUCAGCUCACUGCCGUGUUGAAGGCCUCGAAGUUCACGCCAGAACAGCAGGCGGAGGUGUUGCAGCUCUUCUCGAAGGGCGACGCGAACGACACCACUGCGGGUUCGAAGGCUGUUCAAUUUGCGACCGAAUUCGCGUUCGAUCUGCAGAGUUUCGGUGUUGGCGAGUUUUCGGCAGCGCCGGAAGUCACCCAGAAGGAGGCCGAGUUGUCAGUCGCGAAACCGGAGACGGACUUGACCACCAGCGAGAUGGUGCCGGGUGAGGUCAUCUUCCUGGAGUCCACCUUCACUGUCACGAUGGAAGACGCGAAGGCCUACACGCCAACGCAAAUGAUGGACAGCAUACGUCCCGCGUUUGCCAACGCUUCGGACUUAUUGUUUGACGAUCUCAGUGACGGCACAGAGGUGACAACGGAUCACCCGUGUGUCACCUUGGUGCCGGGAACCGGAGAUCCAGCGAACCCGCCGGAAAAGACGAAGCACGACUUUUCCGCAUGCCCGGAGGCGACCCACCGCUCAGUACCGGAAAGCCGCGUAGCCCUGUCCUUCCUCUACGACUCGCCAGUGGUCGCCGGCAGCACCGCGGUUGCGCGCACGUUCCGUGUGACGUUGCAGAUGCGCUCAAUUCGGGCCGAAGGCGUCGGAAAGAUUCUCGGAAAACUGUCCGUCGGUCGCGACGAGUUCUUCCGCAAGGUAUACAAUUCGAGUAUGCUGCCGACUGACUGGUUUGCCUACCAGAACAAAGGUGGCGCUGCUGGUACCCCGCAGGGAAAGCUCGCGGGCGUCCCCUUGCUGCGCUUCAUGGCGCGCGCGAAGCCGUCGAGUCAAACGCAGUCUUUGUUGAAGAUCACGACAAGCGUUUCUGGUGCGCUGUCGCAGGCAGCGAAGGACAACCUUAACGCGGCGAUCCGGGAAGCCUUGGCGGACACAGGUGGCCCUGCCUUGCAGAAGGAGCACGUCGCCUUUCGGUUACUUGAUUACAACGCGGCAGGGACGGAGCACACUGUGCUCAUCGCCGUAGCUGGUACGAGCCGUGGCGGUCUCACUCCGCUCGUGUCGGCAUCGGGCUCGAGCUCUAACGAGAUCUUCACCACGAUCUUGAUGACCAAGCUGAACGCCAAGGUGCAGGCCGACGGCGGUGGUACGGGUUAUAUUUCCGCGCUGUCUUCACCGAAGAACGCAGAGGAGCGAACGUACCUCUCAUCCGCGCUCACCAUGCACCAAGAUGCAAGCAAGACCCGACUGAACCAGACAGCCGUUGUGCCGGUUCUCCAGAAAGCCGUGUCCAGCGGCCUCAACGAGGCACUGACGGCGCUUGGUACUUCUUCCGCGAGCGACGACAUAGAGCUUGCGGGCUCUUCCGUGUUGCCGCGGAAGUUUGUUACAAAGUCCAACGUCACGGUCUCGUUCCCAAAGAACGGCAGCGACACGACCGAGGCGUUCAUUGUGGUGCCGAUCGUGGGGGGACCCGACUUCAACCAGACGCUGGUGGAUGCCCAAGUGUCGGCGACGAUGAACGUGCUGGACACGAAGACCGACACCUUUGCUAAGCUGAUGCCGCUGCGUCUUGAGGCGCUGGGAAUCGCGUUGGAGGGCGCCGACGAUCCGGCCGGACCGCAGAUUCCAGUGGUGGAGGACGCAGAGCCCUCGGAAACGGUGGUGACCGAGUCGCCGCUGCAAUCCAAGCCGCAGUUCGUAAAAGCCACACUCAAGUUUUCCAUUCGCGGAGCCAGCGUGCCUCGCGGCCCGUCGGCGAACGAAGAGUCGGCAGCCGAGCUGGAGCUUAAGCAGAUCGUGCAGAAAGCGGUGGCCAAGGGUCUCUCAGCGCAGCCAGCUAUCCAAGAUGCAAUGCAGAAGCCUGUAGAUGCGAUUCCGGCGAGCGACAUUGCCGUUGUGUUCUCGCAGAGCAGCCGCGGACAGGGAAAGAAGGAGGUGCAGAUCACCGUACGCGUACCUGAACGCGAGAGCCAGACCAUAGUUUCCAGCACAGUUUCGCAGAUCCUGUCCAGCACGGGCGGAGACGUGAACAUCGGGUUUGUGGAGGAGUUCAAGACGGAACUGCUUUCGGGCAUGCAGGCAGCGGUCACGUCCGGCGCGCUCGCGCGCCAGCAGACUGCGAGCGUGCAGGCAGACGGCACUGUGGUUCAGGAAGACAUUCCAGUUUCGGUUGACGCUGCCGCUUCCCUCGGAAACGCGCAGCCGGCGAGCACGAUCCGAGGCAAGGUAGCCUUCUUUCUGCCGACCGAUCCAGUGACGCCUGGCCUGGACAGCACGGGCGCGGUCACCGACGCCAAAGCGACUUCGUGGCAGGAACGCUUCCUGGAUCUGAAGACAAACGAACCCACACCGGAGGGCGAGAAGCAGCUGGCGCAAAUCGUGCAGCGAGGUCUCGCUGCGGGUCUGACCGAUGCCGUUGGUCGCAAGAUGGAACCGUCGCAAGUGGCGGUGGUCUUCUCGCCGGGUAGCAUUGCCCUCGGCAACCCCACUGUCCAGUUCGAUAUGCCGACGAGCAGCGACCGUGCCGCGUGGUUCUUGCGCGACAGUGUCGGCAGUUUCGCGCCGUACGUGGAAAAGCAUAUGCAGCAAGUGCUCGACGACACGCUCAAUGCGAACCUGACGAACCCAAUCGUUGUCGCUCACAAGCUUUCUCGGUACGCUACUCCCACGACGACCUCGACCACAACAACCAAGGCCGGCAGCAACGCGACUGCUGGCGCUGCAGUGUCCGACGGCGUCACGCUCACUGCGGGCGAGCGCCGCACGGGCAUUACGUUCAGCUUGGAAAUCUCGUUGAAGGACGGCGCCAGCAGCUGGUUGCCAAGUUCGGAGUCGAUGCUCACGCUUUGGAUCCAGGCUUCCGCCAAGACCGCAAUGGACCAGGUCGCAGGCUUGGAGGCCGGUUCCGGUGGAGUCGAGGAAAUCAAGAGCACCUCAAUCGGGGUGGCAUAUCUCGGUAAGGGCUUGUCGGGCGUACAAAACGCGGAUGGCUCGCCCAUCGCGAACGCCACGUUGCAGGUGGUGAUCACCGUUCCUCUGGCAGAAUCGCAGCUGGGCACCGAGGGCUUCGACCAAGUGGCGGAGGCGCUUGGAGCCAACGAUGGACAGGCACUGCUUUCCAAGGUGCAGAGUACCAUGGAAACGACUUACAACCUCGAAUUCUUCCAGGCCGACGGGCAGUCGCAGAGCAAGGGACCGCUGCUGCGCUCUUCGGAGCCGCAAACAGACGACCCGGCGGCACAGGACGAACUUUCUGUGGUCAAUUCACAGGGCCAGAAGGUGUUGAAGACCGGCCCACGCGCCGCCAAGGAUGCGAGCACGCCUCGCAGCGACACCGUGGCUGGCGCGGACGCAGUCUUCUUGGAGGGCGGAUUCAAGAUUCGUCUGUCUCAGCAGCCACGGCUGAACAAGACCACAGGCGAGGUCGCAGAGGGCAGUGUCGCAGUUGGCGUCGACGGCAAGGAAUUCUUGUCGAACUCGGCAAUGCUCACAGACGACGAAGCAGCCUUGCUGCUCCAGAAAGCAGUGGCUCUGUCCUUGAAGAAGGCUCUGAUCCGCAACUUUGCUGGUGGCCAAGAUGCUGCCGCAUAUGCGGAAACGAUCACGAUCGGCGAAUCGCAAAUUGCCAUUGUCAUUUCCGCAAGCCGCGGCGGUGACAAUGAAGAGCGAGUGGUAAAGGUUACGGUCAGUGGCGGCUUCGACGCGGACACGGUGGAAGCCAUUCUCGAGACGAUGAGCAGCGGAGCCGGUGGCGGCACUGCAAACGCCGACUUCACCGGUUCUCUGCUGGCAGAGCUCAAGUCGAUCGCCGAGCAGGUUUCGGCACUGCCAGAACCGGAACCGACGCUGCCGGCUGUGACUGUGGAUGGCCCGAGAAACAUCACGGUCGAAGUGAAUGGCACUAAUGUGACAGUCGCGAGUACGACCGCAGCGCCAACAGGUGCACCGACUACCUCCACGAGCACGACUACAGCCGCAGUAGAAGUUGACGUGGACGGAAACCGGAUCACAUCCGGAACCACCAAGGACGUUGCGCAGCAAUUUGCGCUGCGAUAUUUCGCAGACCAUCCCAGGAACUUUACCUUCUCCGAUGCCGCGUUCGAUCCGGCGCAACCUGCGGUGCAGACGUCGCAGGUGUCCACGGUCAUCGAGUUCGCACCGGUCGCGCGCGCAACUAGUGCUGCUGCACAGAAACAGCCAGGCGGAACCUACACUGAGGCGGAGCUGAUCGCGGCCAUCCAGGCAGCGGUUGCGGAAUCAAUGAACGACGCUGCAGGCCUCGACGUGGCGAAUGAACACGUACAGGUCGUGCUGCAGAGCGAUCCGCUUGCGGGAGGGAACGUCACGGCCAAGGUCACUGUCCCGUUCACGGGCGAGGACAUCGAGAAGAUGUUCUCGAAGGAGCCGAGUGUGGUGAGAGAUCUCUUCGCGGAAGCGAUGGAAGAGAAUCUGAAGAAUGAGAUUGACGAGAAGACGGGUGGCGUGGCCGUACCCAAGGCGGGCGCGAGCGUCAUGGAGGUUAAGACGAAAGCGGAAGCGGUCGAAUUUGCCGAAACUAAACUGCGCCUGCAACUGCCAGCGCGCGUGAAUGAUCAGUCGACAGGAAAGGCUCGCGCCCUCAUUUUGACUCCUGAUGCAGUGAAGUCUCUAGCGCGAUCGGCGUUGGCUAACGCUUUGACGGAAGUCGUCACCAAUGCGACCUCCGCAGCCUCGCGGCGCGAGCUGGUGUCGAAAGUGGCAGGAUUGGAGAAGCUGACGAUUGCCGGCGUUACCGCGACGAAGCCUGGCGUGAGCAAGUCCUUGCUUGCCCUGGGUGGUGGCAGAGCAAUGUCUUCGCCUUCUGUGCCGCUGACCCUUUCGUCUGCAGCAGCUGCAGCAAAUAUGCGUGGUCUAUCCUCGGCGACUGGCCAGCUGACGGGCAUCGUGCCAUCGGAGAUCCGUAUCGAACUCGGUGUGACACCAGACGACUUGAUUCCGAGGACGGCGCUCGAUCCCGAAGCCGAUCCGGGACCAAACGUGCUCAACUUCACCAGCCCCGUCGACUUUUUCAUCACAAUGCCGUUGACCGCUGCGUCGCUUACUGACACGCUUCGCAGUGCGCUCCUGGCAGCGUUCAGCUCGGCAACAGGCUCCGCGUUCAGCGCCGCAUUCUCCAGCGAGUUGCGACCUCUGGUGACCGGCGAAGACCCGGAUGUGGUGGAGGCUGCUGAGGCAGCGGCCGGAGGUGCCGCUGCAGCAGCGCAGGCCAGCGGAUUCGGCUCCUCGGUUGCACAGGCCUCUCCGGCGUUCUCGCCACGCGAGCCCGAACUCGAGGUGGAGGACGAGGUCCGCGAGGUCGUGCCUGGCGGCGUCGCCUACGUGGAGACGGCGUUCAAGGUUCGCACCGUGAAUUCCACGGUCUUUACAAACGCGCAAUUAGUCGCGCACCUCCUGCCCUUCCUCGUGAACGCAACCAACAGUUUGCUGAACAAGGCGGCGACCGCUCGCAAGCAGGCCGCAGCAGAUGCUAAGGCAGCAUUAACGGCAGGCACCGGAGGCGCGCCAGCUGCAGCUCCCGCGGCACCGCCAGUAGCGCCGGAUGCGCCUGUUGAGUUCGUUCGAGAAAGUGACACUGCGCUAACCUUCCUAUUUAACACGCCGGUGGUGAAAGGUGCGUCCGAGGUGGACCGACACUUCCAGCUGACCGCACAAGUCCGCAAGUCCACAACAGAAGACGUGGGCGCUGCGAUGGACAUUAUGAACCAAAAUCGUGCCGAGCUGUUCACGGAAGUGGAGAAGGUGGCGCGCGAAAGUAGUGGCGCCAGUGCCGCUAUUGCCGAGAACUUGGCGAAAACGGGUGUCAUCACCGAGGAGAGCACGCAAGCUUCGCAAACGCAGGCCGUGCUCAAGUUGGUGUUCGACACGGCGAGCGGCACUGUGUCGCUGCCGUCAGAGGCUGAUGUGGUGGACAACAAGAAGGUUCCAGUAGCAGACGCGGUUGUGCGUGCACUAGCACAGAACGACAUCGUCAUCUCGAAGGAGCAAGUGUUUGUGUCUAUCAAGACCAAGAUCUCCGAAACAAGCUCGCAAUCUUCGUACUUGCUCGACGUAGCGAUCCCCACGCUGUCAGCCGAGGUCACGCGGCUGCUUUCGGUGUCGAAGGCUCAGGCCGUUGACGCGAAGGACUCGCGUCUAAACGGCGUCGGUGUAGUUUCCAACGCGGACCGCUCGCUGGACAGUCAGAUCUUCGCUAAGGUACUGAGAGACAACUUGAACGCAGUGCUCAAGGAACGCGCUGCCGCGGACAGUGGAAUAUCCACUGCGCAGGAAUUUGUGGUGACGCGUUCGAGUCCCGAAGGCAAUGCGGCGGAGCGGACCUACCUGGGGACGACACUUUCUUUGCAGCAAGUGGAGGGCGACGCCACAAAGCCGGUGAAAUCGCAAGAGGCUCUUGCGGAUAUGCUGAGAGUGGCGGCAGCGAGCGCUUUGUCACAGUCGAUUUCGAGCAACGCUCGAGUCGUACAAGAGCUUGCGCCGACAGCAGGCGAGACGCCGACUGCAAGUGAGAAGGAGCACCGCACUAAGGCAGCCAGCGUGACAAAAAGUAACGUAACAGUGUCGUACUCGGAGGCUGGAAAGACGGACAAUGUACGCCUCGGCGUGCCACUUGUCUCUGGUCCCGAUUUCUCUGCGGAUCUCACCUCCGCGCUGCGAGAGUCGAUGAUGUCGGUGCUCAACACGUCCUCGAAGGACUUCUCGAAGAAAUUGCCUACGCGUCUAGAAAUUCUUGGCGUCGAGCUCCCAGCAACCACUGCGGACGACCCGUCUGCUGCACUCGGAGUCGCAGCGUCAGCUGUGGUCUCUGAAACAGCGGUGAGUCAAACAACGGUCGCCUCCGACACUGUAUUUGUGCAAGUUGACCUCCAAUUCACCAUAGGUGGAGGGGUAGCCAGCAGCACCACGAAGCUCGAGCAAAUGAUCGUGACUGCGGUGAAGUCUGCGGUGAAAAAGGUGGUCGACGACGCCACUGCUGCGGAGCGCGCUUCCAAGCCAGCUAGAUCAAUCGGUGGCGGCAGCGGUGCUGAGGUCACUGUCGACGGCUCCAAGGAGGUUCUGGAAGCCGCUGUUGCGGCGGUGAUUUCUAAGCAAUCCUUUGGCCUUGCGACGAAAAAGGUAGCAGUCACCUUCCAAAUCCGCGAGAAAGCCGGAUCGACUGCCGCAGGCUCGCUACUGCAGUCAGUGUUGAGCGAGAACGCGGAGCCGCACUACGCUGUAUUCGCAACAGAGUUCGAGAAGAUCCUGCAAGCAGAGCUGCGCAGCGACACGGACCUUUCCGCAACCGCGCGUGCCAAGCUCUCAGUGAGCGGCAGCAAGUCGUUGGGCUUCGCAGAGACCGUCUCACAAUCACGUGGUUUCGCGAGCUUCGCGACGCCGCAGGACAAGAACGUGCUAUCCGACGUGCAGGUGGAGGAGAUCGCCCGGCGAUCGGUGUCUGCGGCGCUGAAGGACGCGACAGGUGCGGUGGUAAAGGCGAGCCAAGUUGCGGUGAAUGUUGCACCUGGUUCGGCCGCGGUACGGCAGCCGCGCUUCAGCUACGAUGUUCCGGUCACCAAUGGACGCAUCGAGUGGUUCGUGCAGGAGUCGGCUAUCAGCUUCCAACCGUAUAUGGAAACUGCCGUAAACGCUGUGCUUUCUGGCGAUUCAGCGAAGUUCAAUGGCAUCGCGGCAGCGUCGGAUGUGGUAUCCGAGGAUCGCGAGGACCCGGCGACCGUACCGGGAGCCGCGGGGAUCUUCAGCGGCCCAGCAAGCGACGCUGACGACGUUCUUGGAGAAAACAAGAUGGGCAAGAAAGUGCUCUCGCUUGGCAUGGAACUGCCGAUCGUGGUGGACGGCAGCGGCGGCGCCUGGGUUCCGACCUCGGACGCGCAGCUGCAGUCGUGGGUGCAGACUUCGGUGCACCGUGCAGUGAAGGCGGUUGCCACCAACGUAACGGAUGACCUGCUCGCCAAGUCGGACAUUGGUGUUUCGCAGUUCCGCUCGCUGCCUGACGCGGCAGGAAUCGCGCUGCUGCAAGCGGCUAACAAGACUUUUGUGAAGAUUCCGUUGCUGGUGUCCAUCCCCAUCCAAAGGAAGGUCCGUACCGUUGCGGUGCGAGCUGACGGCACCGAGGCUCCGAGUUUCGAGACGGUCUUCAACGCGCUGGCAGCUAACGAUGCCGCGAGCUUGUUGUCUGAGAUCAAGUCUACGCUGGAAACCUUGUUCAACGUGGGCUUUGAUGCCGGCGAGACUGCUGCGGGCCUGCCGACGACCAAGAAGCCGGCGCCGAGCAAAGACGGCAAGACCGAACCUAAGGAGGCGGUUGCCGGUGACGCGUCCGUCUUCAUCGAAGGCGAAUUCGAGUUCUUCGUCACCUAUGACGUGGACACCUUCCUCGAGGACUACUACAAUCGUACCGCAAAUGUUUCGGCAAGAACGGCGACGCCUUUGGACCGUGCAGCUGCGGUGCGUACGCACGACAAAGCGGUCGCGCGUGUUGUGCAAAAGGCGGCCUUCGAAGCACUGAAGGCCUCCUGUUCAGAGUUGGCCAAUGUCCGAUACACCGACAAGCAGGUGGCAGUGGGGGUAUCGCCAGGUACGGGCGUCGCUAACGAAACGCGAGUUGCGACCGUUGUUGUUCACGGUGAAUUCAAUAGUGACGUCGUUGCGCAAAUUGAAGAUGCUUUCGCAACCGCUGGCUCUUCAACUGCCAGCGAGGGUGAUGCCUUCCGCGAGAACUUCGUCACAGAGUUGAAGAAGGCUGUGACUGUAGAGGCGCAACGCGCGGCUGCCGCGGCUUCUGCAGCAGCAGCGGCUGCCAGUGGCAGCAACGCGACUUCUGUCGCGCCACACGCUACCGAGAGUGCGGUGGCAAGCUUUAGCGCGGUAGGGUUCGAGAAGACCACGCGAGCACCCAAGCAGGUUUCUCAGACGCAGACUGAAAUGGAGUUUGGGUUGUCCAGUGCUGUGUCCAACGACCAAGUGGUGGAAUGGGUCCAGCAGGCUGUCAGCGAAGCGCUCAACGAUCUCACUGGUCUCGAUUUGUCGCCGACGCACGUCGCCGUCACUGUGGUGACGGACACCGUGGCCAAACCGAAGGUCAAGAUUUCAGUGCCAUUCGUGUCCAAGCCGACGUCUGAUAUGUUCUCGGGCGUUGGAACUUCGACUGCAAAAACGUCGCUCCUAGCUUCGAUGACCGACGAGUUGGACGACUUGGUGGCGACUGCGAGCCGCACCGGCAACUACAAGGUCGCAGGCACUACGAAGACGGCCAAGGAACUGAACAUUACGACGGGCAUCGCAUUGCAGCAGAGCCCUGCCGUGACAAGCACGGUUGCGGCCAAGGUUACGCGAAUGAUUGAGUCUUUUGGUUCGUUAGCAAUCAGCGCGAACGCAACGCAGCCGAUGCCGAGCGAAGACGCUAUGAAAGCGCUCUUGGCAGAGGCCGCAGCAAAGACUCUCACCGAACAGGGCGUCGCCGUAGCUGCAGAGCAGAUUUCUGUACGCUUCUCGACCGAAGCCGGAAAGCGCGUGACCACUACGAGCACCACCACAACAACUACGACCACAGACCCAAGCGCGCCUGUUGUUCCGGGUACCAACGCGACGGCGGCACCAACUGCACCUUCGGGGCCAGUAGUGAGCACGAUCGGCUUGCGGCAGUUCAACUACUUCCUGUCCAUCGCGGUCGAUUCGGCCGCCUAUUCUGACACUCCGAUUGCUAAGAUAGAAGAUGCCUUGUCCGAAACUGGUAGCACCAACGCUGCCUUCAUGGACACUUUCGCCACAAAGUUGACGAGCCUGGGCGUAGCCGAAUUUGUGGACGAGUUCAAGCCAAAGUCCGCUGGUGCUGCGAAGCCUAGCGCGGACGCGGCGACGACCGAUCUGACGCCCUUCGAGGUUGUGCCAGGUGGCGUCACGUUCCUCGAGUCCACCUUUUCUGUGCGCACUCCCACGGCAGAGGCGUACACACCCGACCAACUGAUCGCUCGACUGCGCAGCAACCUCGCGACGGCUCUUACCAGUAUUCUCAAGUACGAGAGUUCUCAGAUCGUCGCGGAGGACGGCGCUGCUGCAAACGUAGCGGUGUUGCCUGAGCAAGUUGCGUUUGUGUUCCUGUACGACUCGCCGGUGGCGACCGGCAGCCCGGUGCGCGCUAGGAACUUCCGUCUGUCAGUGCAGCUGUUGAACCUACCAAACGGUGUUGUGGGGCGCAUGCUCCAGUAUCUGAGCACCGGCCGUGAAGAGCUGUGGGGUAAGCUUUACGAAGUCGGCAGCAUCCCGAGCGACGUGACGGCCCCGGCGUUCACAAUGAACGCGCAGCAGAGCUCGCAGACGCAAGCGCGAGUGAAAGUCACCUUCUCUGCUACGCCCAGCGACGCGAACAUCGCUUCGUCGGGCUUUCAGCAGGGCAUGCGAUACGCCUUUGCGGCUGCGUUCACUGAGAGCGGAGGUUCGGCCGUGAAGCGUGAGCACGUCUUCCUGUCGCAGCACAGUGCCGAGACGAGCACCAACGAAUUUGUGUUCAAUGUCGCAGUUCCCACGGUGAGUGCCGAGGGCACUGCGUUCUUAUCCACGUCGGGCGGCGAAAACAGCGCCAUCUUCAACUCGAUCUUCCGCGGUAAGCUUAACACCGAGUUGAGCAACGCGGGACUCAGUUUUACCGCCAGCAGCUCGGUGGCCUUCGGCCUGGCCGAAGAGCGCACCUACCUCACCUCGGAGCUCGAGUUGUCCCAAGAUCCAAGCAGCGCCAAGGGCCUCUUGGGGCAGUCGGAGUUUGCGGAAAUCUUACAACGCACGACGGCUAACGCCCUGUCGGCGACCGUGACGGACUUCGUACCCUUCACGCGCAGCAACAUCACGGUGAUCUUUCCGGAAACGCCGACUGCCGCGAACAACUUUGGCACGAAGAAGGUCGGCUUCUCGGUUCCGUUCGUGUCCGGUCCUGCCUUCACUCUUGCCAAGGUGAACGCGGCCAAGAAAUUGGUGCAAACCAUCCUCGAUCCCUCUUCCGACAUCUUCCCGAGCAAGCUACCCAUGCGGCUGCAGGCUCUGGGCGUGACCUUCCCAGCAGCAAUUGCGGACAAUCCGGUGCCUCCGCCAAAGAAAGCGGAGGUUUCGGAGCCCGCGAGCACGGAGUCCACCUUGCAGAGCAAGACGACGUUCGUGAAGGCCAAGCUAGACGUGGAAAUAGCGAAGGGCGCAUCGCGGCUGACGCAAAAGGAGGUCGACAGCAGCUUCGAGAAGGCGCUGUCGAAAACUUUGUCCGAGGACGCAAAUGUACUAGACGCUGCGUUUGGCAAGCAGAACGCUGUGGCGGCCUCGCAGGUGGCGGCGAUCACGUCCGAGAGCAGCUUCGGGCGCACGAAGAAAUCGGUAGACGUGACGAUUCAGGUUCCCGAGACCGAGUCCUCAGCACGUGUGAGCACGCAGCUGAUUUCGUUGUUGACCAACAACAACACAAAGAAUGACGCGAUUGUGUCGAAGCUGGCGCCAGAACUCGAAAAGGAAUUCGCAGCCGCCGCUUCUGCAAGCUCGGGCACAGCCGUCGCUGCUUCCGAGUUUACAGUGUCAGGUGUCACUUCCAACGGAAACGCGGGACCAGCGUCACAACUCCGAGGCUCGGCGAGCUUCCAGGUAGCCGCUGUCACCGGCGCUGAUGGAUCCGCCGUAUUUUUGAAGGAGGAUGAAAUCCGUGAAAUCGCAGCGAAGUCUGUGGCGGCCGCUAUCCAGGACGCGACGACGCAACCGGUGAAGGCGUCCCAGGUGAGCGUGAUGGUCACACCUGGCUCUGCCGAGCUGGACAGCCCGUCGUUCGCGUUCGACGUUCCUCUCACCGACAGCCGCACGAAGUGGUUCCUGCAGGACAAGGCAGACACGUUCCAGCCGUACCUCGAGAAGACGAUCAAGGAAUUCACGGCUUCGGUGCCGACACCGUCUCGAAUGGCGUCCAACGUGAGGGUGUCGCCGGCCGUGAAGAAAGCAAUGGUCACGUUCUCCUUGGAGCUGCCGUUAGUUGACGGCGCCAGCAGCUGGCUGCCGUCUUCUGAGGGCAUGCUGGUCACCUGGAUUCAAGGCGCAACGCAAACCGCAGUUGCGUCAGUUGCGAGCGUGACUGGUGGUCUCAAGGCAUCGCAAGUUGCUGUGGCGUUCGUAGGUCGUAGUUCGUUGCAGGAUGGCGCGACUGCUGCGACAUUGCCAGUACAAAUCUCCGUGCCGCUAGUUGAGGGCAAUAUGGGCGCUGCGACCGACUUCGAGGAGGUCGCGACGAAAUUAGCUGCCAAUGGUGCAGCGGAUCUGACUGCGGCAGUGAAGUCCACUCUGGAAACCACCUACAACCUCGAAUUCUCGGCCGCUCCUGCAGUCACAAAUCCGGUGGCGCAAUCCCGUGACUCGGCUGCGCCCAGCCCGCCUAAGGUGGACGGCACGACCUUUGUGCAGGGUACCUUCGAUGUUGAUGUAGUUUUGGCGGACAACGUGGUGAAGACCGACACUGACUUCGGUGUACAGACCUACGAUGCGCAGGGCGUGGACCCGCAAAAAGACGUAGAAGCGGUGCUGCAGAUGGCAGGCUUCCAAGCCCUGCAGAGCGCGAUUCCGGCAUUCGCAGAUCCUGAUAGCGUCAUCCGCUUCGAGCAGAACCAAGUGGCAGUGGCGCUGUCGCCCGCGACCGGCGUGAAGAACGAGACGCGAAGUUGCACGUUCAUUGUGCACGGUGAGUUCCCGGCAGCGGUGACCAGCGAGUUGAUGGACGCCAUGAGCGCCACCAGCUCGUCGGGGGAACAACGCGCAGACCAGGCAGGAGGCAAGGCGGCAGCGAAGAAGUCCAUUGCCGAGAAGUUCCGCGAAGACUUUGCCGCAGAAUCCGUCUCCGUAGCGGUGGCGCAAGGCCGAAACUUCACUUUCGGAUCUUCUGUCAUGAGCUCCGGCACGGGUAGCCAACAGAUUUCGCAAACGCGUACCCGGAUGACACUGUCCAACGUGGUCAGCACACAAGCUGGGGUCACGGAGAAUGCGAAGAACGACGACGUGGCAGCGUGGAUUCAGGAGGCAGUGAGCCGCGCACUGGCUGAAGUUGCAGGCUUGGACGUAACGCCCAACCACAUCUCAGUCUUGGUGAAGACGGACACGGCAAAGAACGUUGAAUUGGAUAUCAGCGUUCCGUUUGCUUCGGAAACGGUGUCUGCCAUGCUGGAUGGCUCUGUCGCAACGCAGCGCCAGCACGCGGCGUUCAUGACUGUAUUCAACCGCGAGCUGGCCGCAGUGGCGGCCGCUCGCAACAACUACCAAGUUGGAACCGUCGCCAUGGCCCGAUCGACUGCGACCCAGUACUUGCGAUCGAGCAUGAAGCUGGCCGUGAAGCGACCUGCGGCGGCCGCAAACGCGACGGCGGCGUCCCAAGACGGCGUGCCGGACGAGGAUGCUCUGGCCAAUAUGGCGCAAACUGCCGCCAGCAAAGCCUUUGCCUCAGCGGGGUUGAGUGCACAGGCAUCUCAGUUCGCUGUGCGCUUCAAGCCCACCGCGGGAAGUAAUAACGAAACCAUCGUGUACGAGUUUGAAGUCACCCUUGGUGUGGACGAAAGCAAAUUUAGUGCCGCAGAGUCCGAGAAGGUGGAAAAGCUCUUCUCGGAGGGAACCGCGGAGGCCAGCGCUUUCUCGUCUGGUUUUGCCACCGAGCUGACGCAGUUGGGACUGGGCGAGUACAAGGAGCCACCCGCGGUAAAGGGCAAGGCGGCCGCCUCGACGGCAAGCGCAACCACGGAUCUGACGCCGUUUGAGAUUGUUCCCGGCGGUGUCACAUUCGUGGAGACGCAAGUGAGCGUGGAAACAACGACGAUCGAGGACUUCACGACUGAAGAAGUGGCCGCAAUCUUGCGUCCGCGCCUGGCAGCGGCCAUGGGAGCUGUUGUGAGCGACUUGACGGGCGGAAAAGUCCCUGCUUCGUCCAUCUCGGAGGCUAUGGUGGGCGUGUUCUUCCUGUACAACACCCCGGUGGCCGUGGGCUCCGAUGCGCAGGCCCGCAACUUCCGCGUGACAGUGCAGCUGCGCGAUGUCGAGGCUGGAGUAGUCGGCGACAUGAUGGGCGUUCUUUCUAAGGGACGACCAGAGCUGUGGACGCGCGUGACACCUGCGUUCCCAGCGAAGAUGUCGAACCCGACCAUCACCGAGAACGGGAAGCAGUCAAGUCAAACGCAAGCGCAGAUCACUUUCGCUGCGCUUCAGGUGGAUGGCUCCACAUCCGCGAAUGCGACGCAGCUGCGCAGCGCUGCCUUCGAGUCCGCGCUGACGCAGAGCAUUGCGACUGCCAUUUUAGAAUCGGGUGGUCCACAGCUCAAGAAGGAGAUGAUCUACGUACGUGUUCACGAAUUCGACCCUACGAUUGGCGGCAGCAAGGGAGCCGCGGCGGCGGCGCCUGCUGGGCCCUUGGGUGAUCCUUCGACUGCAAUAUCGAGCCGAUCCGACUUAUCUGAUGGAACCCAGUACGUGAUAAAACAAAUGAACGGGGAUGGCCAAAAUCCUUGCGACGACUGCUGGUGCACCUGUCAGGAAAUGGGCGACAAUUGUUGCCACAGCGAAGGGAAAGGCAUGACCUUACAAUGUGUUUCUGGCACCCCGAUAUCUAGUGCCACGAAGUUCACAUGGAAAAGCUAUACGAAUCCUGAUGACGCGAGCAUGGUUGGCCAGGGGUUCGCUUGCCCAAGGGGUGCAAGCUACCCAGAUGACGGAUUUCCGGACUACUACUUAUGUUGUGUUAGUACUCAUUUGCAACUCAAGGGAUAAUUACUAAUCGGAAACACUCACGGUCUCGCGUUACCUUGCUCCUUUAGGUUUAAGUGAUGCGUGGAAAUCUUCAAACAGUCAGUUUCUUUGUUACUUACUUUUCAAUCGAAAAUUGGCGCAGAGCGGUCCAGGAUGUUGAGGAAACCCACGUUCAGAGUCACUAUUAGAAUAGUUCUGCAUCAUUUUGCUCAUUGCGUUUUCUAAACUGAAUGUCCAAAUACGGAAGCAGAGCAUAUUUUCGGCCUCCGAAGUGGAACUGGGAUAGGCGUCGGCCGGUUCCGACCGACCUCAUCGAGGCUGAGAAAGACUAUGCUAGCACACCAAUGAAAUUUUAUUGGGCGACUGCUGUGGAGUGCACGGCGCCGUGCGAUAAUAAGCAAAUUGCCCACGUGCUCUACAAAGACCCAACUGGAGGGGAUACCGACGCCAUUGUAAGAUCCUCUGUGAGAAGUGCAAGUACAGUAUAUGCUACCGGGUUUCCACAUCCUGGGACGACGGUUGACGGCCUUCCGAUCAACGGCGGAAGCGCCCAUGAGGCAAAACAUCAUAACUACGCAGGCUUUCACAUCUAUGCCGCGGGUGCAGCACCGGGAGGCGGCGGCUCCUCCACGACCGCCACGACCUUCAAGGGUGCGGUCACUUUCAAUGUUGCGCUGCCGACCACGAGCAAGGUAGUGAGCAACUUGCUUUCGAAGUCAGGCGGUGAGGAUAACACUAUCUUCUUGCAGUUCUUCAAGCGGAAUUUCUUAGAGCAGCUAGGCAAAGCAGAGAACGCAGGUACCGGUGUCGCCGGUUUGGCGGAUUCGCCUCUCCUCUCACCGACGGUAUCGUUGGAGCGCACCUUUCUGGAAAGCAAAUUGGGAAUGGCGCAGGGCAAGCACGCUGGCGAGGAAGGCUUCCUGGCCAAGGGCGACUUGGUCCCCGUGAUCCAGCAAUCCGUGUCGGAUGCACUCACCCUCGCGGUAGACCCGCAAGCGAAGAAACUGGAGAAGUCCGUCUCUGACGCGCAGCCCAAUGAGUUCUUCACGCGUAGCAAUAUCACCGUGGCCUUCCCGAAGGCGUCGAGUGGAACCGCCGGCGGCACAAGUGAGGUGAUCGUCUCCGUGCCGCUAGUUGCCGGGCCGAGCUUCGACCGAAGCAAGGUCGCUGCAGCGCGGGACAAAAUCUUGUCUGUGCUGGAUCCCUCUUCAGCGGUGUUCGCGGAGAAGCUGCCACUGCGACUGGAGGUUUUGGGUGUUGGCCUGAAGCCGCCCGCAGCAGGGCAGCCCGACGCGCUGUCUAUCACGAAAGAGCCGGUGACAUCCGCGCCGGCCAUUCCGGGUUCGACGGAACGCACGGCAGCGACCUUUGUCGGCGCCAAGCUGUUCGUGACCAUAGCGCAAGGCCACAACCAGAUCACCCACGCGGAGAUCGAAGAGGCGGUCGAGAAGGUUGUCGCGGACGCUCUAACGCGGGAUAUGGACGUGGUGGACGCGAAUGUGGGUCAGCUAGAUGCAGUGAGUCGCGAACAGGUGACAGCCGUGAUCACCGCGGCAAGCUUCGGACGCGAACAAAAGGAGAUCGGGAUCACGGUUCAGGUGCCGGAAACGGACACCGGCUCCGCGGUGACCAACACGAUUGUGUCGCUCCUGAGCCACAACACAACCAAAAACGCGCGAUUCGUCGGCAAGCUGGACAGCAAGUUGGAAUCGGCGCUCGAAGCGCAGGCGGUCGGCAAUCCCGAUCUCACUAUCGGAGCAGUGGUCAGCGGAGAGCAGGCUGCGCCCGCGUCGCAAAUGCGAGGUUCGGCGCAGUUUACGAUCAGUGCCGGUGACCCGAAACUCACCGACGCUCAGGUCCAGGAAAUCGCUGCAAAGGCGGUGGCAGCGGCGCUUACUGACGCCACCGGCAAGCCAGUCGAAGCCAGUCAGAUCUUUAUCACUGUUGACCCGGGUAGUGCUGCACUUAACAUUCCGCAGUUCUCCUUCGAGGUUCCGGCGACGAACAGCCGCGUGAAAUGGUUCCUAAAAGACUCCGUGCAGAGCUUCAAGCCGUAUCUUGAUACUGCGAGUGAAAAGGAGGUGGCGGCGUUUGUCGCGAAGAACGCUGCGUUCAGUGGUCGCACUUUGUCGGACGCGAAGGUGAUCGGCGCAGCGAAGGAGCGCGUGCUGAUCACGUUCAAGUUGGAUUUACCCUUAGUGGACGGCACAAACUCGUGGCUGCCCAGUUCGGAAGAGAUGUUGGCUAUUUGGUUGCAGACCUCUACGAAGAAUGCAGUGCAGCAACUCGGCAAUGUCACGGCGGGACUCGAGCCCACGCAGAUCUUGGUCACAUUCUUGGGCGAAGACCUGCUGGGCACAGCCGGUCUCACUAGCGUGACGGUUCCAGUGCAGCUCGCUGUGCCCCUGGUAGAAGGCGAGAUGGGCCCAAGCGCUUUGCCAAUUACGGCUUUGGGCGGAAAGCUCCGCGAAGCUAACUCGGCUGCAUUGAUCUCGAAUAUCAAGAGCUACCUCGAGUCAGAGUUCAGCUUGGAGUUCAGCUCUUCGCCGGCUGUGACAAGCAUGCCAGCGGAGUCGCAGGAUUCCCCGCAGAAACCGACGCAAGCGGUGGCUGGAAGCAGCUACAUCGAGGGUAAGUUCCGUCUGUCGGUGGCGCUAGACAGCAGCGUCGUGCAGACUACCGCGGACGGCGUACAGACCUACGACCGCGCUUCGGUAGAUGCGGAUCGUGAAGUUGCUGCGAUUCUUCAGGAGGCUGGUUUCCGCGCUGUGUCGAAGGAGGUAGACGCGUUAGCGGACGUCAACUCUUACACGCAGUUCGAAAGUGAGAACGUCGCCGUCUCGGUCUCGCCGAGCACUGGCGUCGCGAAUGAGACACGCGUUGUGACGAUCCUGGUCCAUGGCAAUUUUGAUGCGGAGACUGUGAGCCAAAUUCAAGAUGCGCUCACGCAGGGACAGAUCAACACGGACGCGACAGCAGAGACACUCGCCACGACGCCGCCGCCGGCCGAACAAACGGACGAGCAGCGGCGAAAAUUCAUUCCGAUGAACACGCGUCUGCAGGCGACCUUCGGCGCCGAGGCACGCGCAAUAGCCGCCGCAAGUGGUAAGAACUUCACCUUCGGGUCAGGGCCAGUAAUUGCUUUGGGCGCCUCGAAGCAAGUGUCGCAGACGAAGAGUGUCGUGUUGCUCUCGGGUGUGAAAGAGGUCGGGUCAACAGACAAGGCAGCGGCCAACGACGAUGUAAAAGCUUGGGUGCGCGAAGCCGUGGCCAAGGCUAUCAAUCAGGCUGCAGGUCUCGAAUUGACGCCAAACCACGUCUCGGUGCGCAUGCUGACAGAUCGCGCAGUGGAUGCACGGGCCGAAAUCUCGGUUCCGUCAGUAUCUGAAGCUAUCUCAGCGAUGCUUGACGACGACGCAACGGCAAGUAGCAAGGCCUUCAUGGACGUCUUCCUGCCUGAGGUGAAGAAGAUUGCGAAGGCACGCAACAACUUCGAUGUGGGUGGCGCGAACUUCGGAAACUCCGAUGCUACCAAGUACUUCUCGGUCAGCAUAAAGCUUGCGCUAGACACGACAGAUCUGAGCAAGCCGCUUCCGAACGACGACGUUCUGUACGGACUCGGGCAGGAAGCUGCUGCAGCCGCGCUGGCGGCAGCCGGCAUCAACGUGGACUCCACUCAAUUUAGCGUGCGCUUCGCGCCCACUGGAAGCCGCACCGGCGCAAUUGCGUACGAAUUCUCGGUUACUAUUGGGUUGCCCGAGAGCGAGUUCGAAGCAACGGUGCGCAUCAAGGUAGCGGCAGCGUUCUCUGAGGGCUCCUCCGAGAGUUCAAAGUUCAUCACAGACUUCACCACGUCGCUGAGCUCCAACGGCGUGGCGGACUUCACGGAAAGCCCGGGCGUGGAAGGUCCGGCAGCGAAGUCACCGCCCACUGCAACAACGGACUUGACUCCCUUCGAGGUAGUGCCAGGUGGCGUGACCUUUGUGGAGACUCAGUUCUCUGUGCAGACGGCGACUGGCGACGCUCCUACCGUGGACGAGCUAGAGACUCUGCUGCGACCGCGCAUCGCGAAUGCAACAGGCGCGAUCUUGGCGGAGUUGACGGACGGUGAAGUUUCUUUUGUUGCAGAUGCAACAGUGGGCUUGUUCUUCCUCUAUAACGCUCCGGUGACCGCGAGUAGUGACGCGCGCGCGCGCACAUUCCGUUUGACGCUGCAGCUGCGUGACGUGCAGGCGGGCGCUGCUGGUAAAGUAAUGGGCAUCUUGUCUACGGAUCGCAACGAUCUUUGGACUAAGAUGACAACCGCAGCCGCAGCGCUGCCCGCAGGAGUUACGGCGCCGCGCGUCACGGUCGACGCGAAGCAGGCUUCGCAAACGCAAGCGAAGCUGAGCUUCGCUCCGCAGGAUGGCAGCGGAAACGUGGCUGCACCAACGGUGGUCUCCUCAAGCGAUUUCGAGGCUGCCUUCUCUGCGGCGUUCGCAACGGCGCUGUUUGAGUCUGGUGGUGCGUCGAUAUCGGCCGAGCAGGUGUACAUCUCGCUGCACAGCUUCGACGGAACGGUGUACACGCUCAACAUCGCGGUUCCAAGCGUGAGCGCGAUGACGAGCCAAGUACUUUCGCGUGACGGCAGCACCAAUGGCGACGUCUUCAAGAGCAUCUUCCGCAAGAAGAUCAACGCACGGCUGGCAGCUCGCGUAAUCGCGGGUGUUGCUUCGAUCUCCGCGACGGGCCUGGCAGUGCCGACUAUGGCGACCGAGCGCACUUAUUUGGAGACCCAGCUUACCGUGUCGCAGGGUGCAGCCGCGGGACGGGCUGGCUUCACAACGAAGGAGCAGCUCGUCUCGAUUUUCCAGCAGGCGGUAAGCUCUGCACUGACACUCACUGUGGCAGGCACAGGGGACAGCGAUGCGGCCAAGAACAAAGAGACCAACCGCUUCUUCUCUCGGUCUAACAUCACUGUCGCAUUCCCGAAGUCAGCCACGCAGUCUCCAACAGACGGCGGGACUAAGGACAUUAUCGUAUCUGUGCCGCUGGUUUCGGGCCGUAGCUUCGACCGUGCAGCGGUGAAGACCGCAAAGGAUUCGAUUCUAAGCGUGUUGGACCCGACUAGUGCCACUUUUGCGUCCAAGCUGCCACUGCGGCUGCAGGCGCUGGGCGUCACACUGACGCCGCCGCCGGCAGGCUCAACCGACUUUUCGUCGGCGCUGGACAUCACCGAGGAGCCCGCACCGAGUGUUCCGUCUGUGCCAGGCAGCACGGAGAAGACGAAGUCGACCUUCGUGAAGGCGAAACUGAGCAUUGCCGUAGCAAGUGGUGCGAACGAGUUCACGCACGCGCAGCUAGAGACGGCCGUGCAGCAGGUGGUCGCGGACAUCCUCGGCAAGCACCCAGAAGUGGUGGAGGCUAACCUUGGCGAAGAGGGCGUCAUCAAGGUCGCUCAAGUUGCGGCGGUGGUCUCGACGGGCUCCUUUGGAAAGAGCACUAAGGAGGUGCAGGUCACCAUCCAGGUGCCGGAGACCACCACCGGUUCCGCCGUAAGUGCGCAGAUCGUGGAAAUCCUCAGCUUCAACAGCACCCAGAAUCUCGCGUUUGGGCCAGAACUGAAGCAGAAGCUGAAGACGGCCUUAGAGGUCGCGAAUGCUAAGCCGAAGGUGGACGCUAACGGAAAUGCCGUGGUGGAUUCCAAUGGAAACCAGGUAAUGGAGCGACCAACAAUCGAUUUGGAGCCGGAGUCGGUGGGCGACAGCUCGCCAGCCUCGCAGCUGCGAGCAAAGUUCAGCUUCACUCUUUCCGCCGGCAGUGCUCUGACCGACGAGGAGAUUGAGUCGCUGAUGCGAAAAUCGAUCGCGGCAGCCCUCACCGAGGCCACGGGCGUCCCAGUGAAGGAAUCGCAAGUGUUCAUUUCUGUUGCGCCGGGCAGCGGAGAUUUGAACUUGCCGACUGUGGAAUUCGAAGUGCCUGUCACCAGCAGUCGCGUCAAGUGGUUCCUGCAAGACUCACCGGACUCGUUCACGCCGUAUAUGAAGACGGAACUCGACACCCAGCUGGCUGCGGCUCAUCCAGGCCGUACCGCCACCGACAGCAAGACCGAGAAGGGUCCGGAACGCACACUGAUCACAUUUGGUCUGCAGUUGCCGCUGGUAGACGGUGCAAGCUCUGUGCUGCCGACUAGUGAGGAAAUGCUCACGAUCUGGCUGCAGUCGAGUACGAGAGCCGCAGUCGCGCAAAUAGCGAAUAUCACGAGUCUCGACGCACGACAGCUCGUCGUCUCCUUCACAGGCCAGUCGCAGCUGGAAGCUGGUGCGACGUCCGCUUUGCUUUCGGUGCAGAUUUCCAUUCCGCUGGAGGAAAGCAGUGCGGCUGCAGCAGCUAACUUCCGCGACGUAGUAGCGAAGUUGCGUGCGGGAGGCAGUUCUGCACUCAUCUCUUCGGUGAAGCAAUACUUGGAAACCGAGUUUGACCUGGAAUUCUCAGCACCUGUGGAAUUGACGGACAUUCCUGAGGAAUCUGAGGACUCUGCCACUGCGCCGCCUGCGGCGGUCGAGGGAACAACCUACUUGCAGGGCACGUUCGAAGUGAACAUGGAACUGGCCGAUGCAGUUGUGAGUCAGACCAGUGACGGCGACCUUGUCUUUGACAAGGACUCGGUCGACCCGAAUGAUGACGCCGAAGCCGUGCUCCGCAAGGCCGCCUUUGCGGCGUUGAAGGCCGAAGUUGGAACGCUCGGGUCUGACCUCAGUUCGGUCGAGUUUGACGAAUCAAACGUGGCGGUGUCGAUUUCCCCAGCGACAGGAGCCAAGAACGAGACGCGGGUCGUGACGAUAGUUGUGCACGGAAAGUUCGACGCAGAAACCGCAAGCGAGAUUCAGGAUGCACUUUCGAGCCGGGAUGUUGCCACUGCGGAUGAGAAGGAGGCUGACGCGACUGGCGUCGCCUCCAUUGAUGGCACUGGUCGCACGGCGGCGGAGCAGCGCACGGCUGCUUUUGCAGUGAACGAGCGGUUCCGCGAGACCUUCGCGAGCACCUCUCGCGACAUCGCCGUUUCUACCGGACGUAACUUUACGUUCGCGACCACGGUCGUCCCUGCGGAGGAUUCAGAGCAGGUGUCGCAGACACGCACACGCAUGACGUUCUCCGAUCUGGUCGAUGUCGCUACCGGAAGCGCAGUGCCGAACGAAGACUUGGCGACCUGGAUCCGACAGACCAUUGCGCGCGUUCUCAACGAGGCCGCUGGCUUGGAGUUGUCGCCCAGUCACGUGUCUGUGACCGUGAUCACGGAUGGGAACAAAGACCCUGUGGUGGAGAUCUCGGUGCCGUCGGCAAGCGAGGCGGUUAGCAAAAUGUUCGGCAACGACCAGGCGGCGCCCAGCAAGAAGAUUUUCAACAAGUUGUUCGACAGCACGUUGAAGGCGGUGUUGGCUGCGCAGCCGCAGAACUACACCUUCAGCGCCGCUGCAACCACAGGUGGUUCCGUCGCCACAAAGUACGUGGAAGGCAAACUUAAGCUAGUGCUCAAGGACGAUGGCGCGCAGGUGAUGCCUGAUCAAGAAGCACUCUUUAACUUGGCGCAGCGCGCGGCCGCAGAGGCCUUCAAAGAGGUAGGUGUGACCAUAGAUGCUUCGCAGUUUUCUGUACGCUUCGUGCAGAAGGAGACUGGGGCCAACGCGACUCAGCAAACCGGUGAAAAGGAGUACGAGUUCCGGAUCACAGUGGCAUUGCCAGGGGACAAGUACUCCAAGAGCACGCAGACUGCCGUCUCGAGCGCAUUCACGGAGGGAAGCGCCGAAGCGACGAUCUUCGCGACAAACUUCGCUGCAAAGUUGCAGGCCAACGGAGUGGGCGAGUUUGUCUCAUCCCCGAAGCAAGAGGGCAACGCGCAAGAGUCGAAGCCCCGCGCGAAGACGGAUCUUACUCCGUUCGAGGUCGUGCCUGGUGGUGUUGCCUUCGUGGAGACGCAGUUGUCCGUGGAGACUCCGACGGUGGCAGCCCACACCGCCACCGCUUUGGAGGCGCUGCUGCGACCACGCAUCCGCAAUGCCACCGAGAGCAUCUUGCGUGAGCUCACUGGAAAGAGCGACUUGGUAGUGGCAGAGUCGACGAUAGGUCUCUUCUACCUGUACGACACUCCAGUGGCCCUCGGUUCCCCGGCGCGCGGACGCCACUUCCGUGUGACCUUCCAGUUGCGCGAAGUGCAAAAUAGUAUCGUCGGCGACUUCAUGGGCGCGGCUUCGAAGAACCGCGCGGACCUGAUUGUGGAUCGCUUGGCAGCCACGAGCUCGGCUCUCCCAAGCGACGUCGUGAACGCGAAAUUCGUCAAAGACGCCGUCCAGGCCUCGCAGACACAGACCAAGCUCGCCUUUGCUCCAAAGGACAGUUCGAGCAACGCGGCCGCAAAAGAUGUGAUUGCCGGCGCACCGUUCAAUGCUGCCUUUGCUUCCGCGUUUGUGAGCGCGCUGCACGAGAGUGGCGGCGCCAAUUUGGUAGCCGAGCAAGUGUUCAUGACCAUUCACAAGUUGAGCGCGUCUGGAGUUUACACCGUGAACGUGGCGUUGCCGUCAGUGACGGCGAUGACUUCGGAGGUUGUGUCAAGGGACGGCAGCGGCAACAACGAGAUCUUCCGCACGUUGUUCCUGGACGCGAUCAACGACGAACUGACGAAACGCAUGAUCGCGGGCGUCGCCUCGAUUGCAUCUGCGGGACUGGCCUCACCAGUGCGCACAGUGGAGCGCACGUUCCUGGAGUCCAAAUUGUCGGUGAAGCAGGGCGUGGCAGCUGGCGAAGAAGGCUUCUUGCAGAAGAGCGACCUCGUGCGCGUCUUCCAGCAAGUCGUCUCGAACGCCUUGUCUUUGGCCGUGGGUGACCCGGCUGACGCGGCUUCGGUCUCCACGGUGGCCAGCGCCGAUGAACCGAAUAAGUUCUUCACGCGCAGCAACAUCACAGUGAGCUUCCCGAAGCCCCCAGUUGGUGCGGACGCCGGUACCAGCGAGGUGAUCAUGUCGGUGCCUCUGGUCUCGGGUCGCGCGUUCAAUCGCACACUUGUGGCACUAGCGAAGAAGCGCAUCGCGGAUGUGCUGAACCCUCAAUCGGUCGAGUUCAAGAGCAAGCUGCCCUUGCGCUUGCAAGCCAUGGGCGUGACCUUGGAGGCGCCACCCGCCGGGCAAGAGGACGACCCAGCGGCGGCACUUGCCAUUACCGAAGAGGCAGCGCCGUCUGCACCUUCAGUGCCGCGCAACACCGACCGCACAAGUGCCACUUUCGUGAAGGCGGACGUCACACUUGCCUUCUCGCAGGGCGCGAGCGAUGUGACACUGGCACAGAUUGAGUCUGCGGUGGAAGUGGCCAUAGCGGAAAUCGCAAGCGCCGACGAGAAGCUUGUGGAGGCCAACAUGGGCAAGCCUAACCCGAUCACGAAGGAACAAGUUUCUGCCAUAGUCUCCUCUGCCAGUUUCGGCAAGCUCGAAAAAACUGUUUCGGUCACGGUGCAGGUUCCGGAAACCGCGACUGGAAGCGGCAUCACUAGCAGAAUUGUCGCCAUGCUGGCGCACAACUCUACUGCAAGCGCCGUGUUCAUGCCGCUCUUCGAGAACUCGCUGGAAGCUAAGUUGGCGGAGGCAGCGAAGGAGCCGAUCGUCGACGCGAACGGAAACGCCGUGCUCGACGAAAGCGGCAACCCGACCUUCACGACGCCAACGAUCGACUUGAGCCCAAAAGGAGACGCCGAGCGCGAUCCGACACCAGCGUCGCAAGUCGCUGGUGCAGCCAGCUUUGCGCUUAACGAUGGCGCGCAGCCAACGGACAACGAGGUGAUCGAAAUCAUGCGCAAGGCUAUUGCCGCAGCGCUGACGGAAGCCACGGGCAUUACCGUGAAGCCUUCGCAGGUCUUUGUGACGGUAGCACCCGGCUCUGCGGAGCUGAACGCGCCAGAAAUCAGCUACGCCGUUCCCGUGACGGAUUCCCGCAUCAAGUGGUUCGUGCAAGAUUCACCCGCAUCCUUCAAGCACUACCUCGACAAGGCUGUCGCAGCAGAGGUCAGCAAGACUCUGCCCGGGCGGUCUGCGAGCGGCAUGGAGACCAAGGCUGGACCAGAGAAGGUUUUGGUCUCGUUUGUGCUGGAGUUGCCGUUGACCGAUGGCACGAACUCGUGGUUGCCGGCUAGCGAAGAGAUGCUCACGAUCUGGCUGCAGACGGCCACAAACGCCGCGGUGGCAAAGAUUACGGGCGUCACUUCAUUAGAGCCCACGCAGGUUGUGAUCGCCUUCCUUGGAGACACGGUGCUAAAGGACGGACAGACCGCUGCGACUCUCAGUGUGCAGCCGUCGAUUCCUCUAGUUGAGGGACAGAUGGGUUCGUUCAACGGAACCUUCACAGAGGUGGUGAAGAGGCUCAAACACGGCGGAAGCGCCGCGCUUGUCGCCGAGGUGAAGCAGUACUUGGAGACCGAGUUCAAGUUGGAGUUCUCUUCCGCGCCAACGGUGCAAAAAGCGCCUGUGGAGUCCAAAGACUCGGCAAUGGCGCCCAGCGCGGGGUCGGACGCCCCGAGCUUCAUCGAGGGAAAAUUCUCGAUCGUCAUUGUGCUAGACGACGAUGUGGUAUCGACCAACGCAGAUGGCCAACCUGUAGUCGACAAGAAUGCGGUGGACCCAGUGUCGGAUGUGGUCGAAGUCUUUGCGGAGGCGGCUUACAAGGCGCUUUUAGCAGAGGUCGACGCCUUCCUGGAUCCCGACAGUGGCGAAACACUUGAGCGCAAACAGGUGGGCGCGUCCGUUUCGCCGGCCACCGGCGCAAAGAACGAGACACGCACAAUCUCGAUUGUCGUCCACGGCAGCUUCGCGCCGGACACGGUGGCGGAACUGCUGGACGCAUUGAGCAGUGAGUCUGCCGCUGCAGCAGCAACCGAGGAUCCAACUGAGGCGGCGAGCGUAAGUGCGGAUCCCGACGUGUUGCGUCGACGCCAGACGUCCUUGUCGGACCGGUUCAAAGCAACACUGCGACAAGAGUCGGCUCGCAUUGCACAGGUUCAAGGCAAGAACUACACGCUUUCGGGCACGGUGGACUCCGAGGGCGACGCAAGCCACGUCUCGCAAACGGGAUCCGAAAUCUCGAUUCCGCAACUGCUGAGCGGUCUCGGUCAGGCCGCACCAAACGACCUGGUGGAGACCUGGGUGAAGGAAGCGCUGGCAAUCGCACUCAACGACGUUGCGGGUCUGGAGCUCACGGCAGGUCAUGUAUCCGCCACAGCGACAACUGAUACAGCAGUGAACCCAGUCGUGAGAGUCGCGAUUCCGGGUGUGUCGAACGCCAUCUCGUCCAUGCUGAGCAAAGACGCUUCAGCAGCGCAGGAUGCGUUCAUGAGGGCCUUCAGCGAUGCUUUUCAGCAGAUUGCGAAGCGCCGCGGCAACUACACCAGCAGCACGCCGACUGUGAGUGGCUCCGGAGAAUCAACGCAGUACCUACAGGGAAGUGCGAAGCUUGCUUUGGACGCGUCGGAGACGGUUCCGGAUCAGACCGCACUGUUUGCGUUGGCACAGCGUGCGGCAAGUGAGGCCAUCAAGGCUGCGAGUGGCGUUGGAAUUCCACCUUCGCAAAUCAGCAUCCGCUUUGCCCCUGGCAGCGGCGCCAGCAACGGCACCGUUGUCUACGACUUCCUGAUUUCCACGACUCUGAAUGGCACCGAGUUCACGCCGGCUCAAAUGGAAUCUGUGGAGGGUGCAUUGUCGGAGGGAACUGCGUCCAGUGCGAUAUUGACAACGGCCCUUGCGGUUCAAUUGCAAAUUCUAGGUGUUGGCAAAUUCACGCAGCCUCCGGCGGUGUCUGGAGCGGCGGCAGAGAGUCCGGCCACAGCCGAGACCGAUCUGACGCCUAUCGAGAUUGUUCCGGGACGCGUGAUGUUCGUGGAGUCGACAUUCAAGGUCCAAACUACGAAUGCAAACCCGUACUCGGUGGACCAGCUAGAGACGCUGCUGCGGCCGCGCAUGGCCACUGCGCUGACGGAGUUGGUGAAAACCGUGACUGGUCGCAACGACUUGCCGGCCGUCGAGGCUUCUAGCGUUGGAUUAGUGUACUUGUACGACACACCGGUGGCCCUCGGCUCCGCUAACGUAAACCGCAACUUCCGGAUCACAGUGCAGCUGCUCGACUUGCGGCCUGACACGGUAGGCGAGAUUGUCAGCACCUUCUGCACUGGGCGUCGGGAAUUGUGGCAGGAGCUGACGGACCACGCCACCGCGCUGCCGAGCGACGUCACAGCGCCGUCUUUCAUCGAGGACGCGAAGCAGUCAUCGCAGACGCAAGCGCGGCUUACACUGAAGGCGGAGCAGACCGCGGGCGGCGCAGCCUCCGACCUCAGUGCAAUCCUCAGCAGCGGCUUCGAAGCGACGUUUGACAGCUCCUUUGCGGCGGCACUGCGGGACAGCGGUGGCCCAACCCUCGUGAAGGAAAUGAUCUUCACCAGUGUGCAUAGCCACGACAGCACGGGCACUGGCGCAGUAACGCUGAAUGUUGCGUUCCCGAGUGUUUCAGCCUCCGCUUCAACUGUCCUUAGCCCCGCGCCGAAGAGCACGGGAGCGGAGUCCGAUAAUGAGAUCUUCCUCACGCUGUUCCGGCGUAAGCUGAAUGCCGCGUUGACGACAGCAUCGGUGACGGGCGUUGCGUCGAUUGCAGAGGCAAACCUGGCGACACCGACAAAGCCGGUGGAGCGCAGCUAUCUCGAGACAAAGCUCGACCUGAAGCAGAACGUUGCGCCGGCAGCUCGCGGAUUCCUGCAGCAGUCGGCUCUUCGGAAGAUCCUGCAGAAGGUGGUGUCUUCGGCUUUGACGCUUGCGGUGGAUCCGAGUACAGCUGCUGCGAAUUCGGCUGGUGAAGACGCGGCACCGGCGACGCGCGAACCGAACAAGUUCUUCUCGCGUAGCAACAUCACGGCUAUCUUCCCGAUCGACCCAGUUGCUGAUCCGGCCGCCAAGGGCACCGGUACUGUGCUGCUCCAGGUGCCGCUCGUUUCAGGCCCGAGCUUCGUCGCAACAAAUGUGCAGAAGGCCAAGGACGCUAUGCUGUCGGUUCUUGACCCGGCUUCCGAGGCAUUCUCGUCGAUAUUGCCACUGCGACUGGGUGCGCAGGGCGUCGACAUCACCAUUCCGGCGGCAAACGAACCUAGCCCACUGGCGAUUGCACAAGAGCCAGAGGCGUCCGAGCCUGCUGCCACAGAGAGCACGGUCAAGUCGCGCACCACGUUCGUGAAAGCGAAGCUCGAGUUCGAAAUCGACGCGAGUCAGAAGUUCACGACCGCAUCGGGUGGCAGCCGCAAGGCUGGCUUGUCGCUCUCAGACGACGAGCUGAAGGCCGUGAUUCGCGCUGCAGUCGCGGAAGGGUUGUCCAAUGAUCCUGACGUCCUGGAUGCCGGUCACGGCCAGACGAACAUCGUUGAAGCCGACCGGGACGUCGCUGUGAUCUUUUCCGCGGAUUCCGCUGGCGCAACACUGAAGAAGUGCGAUCUUACUAUCUCCGUGCGCGAGCGGGAGUCCGACAUUGGCGUGAGUACGCAGAUCAUUGCGGUUCUCUCUGACGGAAAUGCGAAGAACAGCGGCUUCUUGAACGACCGCGUGCUGCCGCGACUGGAGACCAAGGCCCAGAAGGCUUUCGAAGACAAAGUCGUGGCUGCGGGAGGAAAUAGGGAAGAUGUUGUGGACUUCGGGGUCAACAAACUUGGGUCCGGUGGCGGACUGGCCGAACCAUCAACCGUGUUGACGGCGGCCUUCACUUUCGGGGUGGAGCCUGCUACUCCGGCGCUAACGGACGAAGAGGUGACGCGUAUCGUUCAGAACGUCGUAUCCAAGGCGAUCUUGGACGCAACUGGCGAACCACUGCAACCGGGUCAGGUUGCGGUGACCGUGAACCCAGGUUCCGCGGAAAUCGGCGCGCCCAGCGCAACGUACUCUGUGCCUUCAGGCGACUCCAAGCUGCGCUGGUUCCUGCGCGACUCGCCAGAGAGCUUUGACUCCUUCCUCGAGACCAGCUUGGGCAACGUGCUAUCCGAGAUGACGCCAUCCAGCAAGGACGGCGCUCCCGGUGGCGUGCAGCGCAGCAUCAACGGCCUUGCCGACGCGGUGCAGCCAAGCGGUAGCACUGCGCAGAAAGCGUUGGUCAACUUCCGGCUAGAACUUCCGCUGAUUGAUGGCGCCAGUUCCUGGCUCCCGUCCUCAGAAUCCAUGUUAGCAAUGUGGGUGCAGGGCAGCACUCAAUCAGCGGUAAGCGAGCUUACGAACAUCACGAGCAUCAAGGCAGCACAGAUCGCGGUAGUGCUCGGGGCCAGUCUGACUGCUGGCAACGCGACCGUGCCUAUCUCGGUCAGUGUGCCUAUCAGCGAAGACCAGCUGCCGGGUGUGAAGAAGGCCGACGGCACAGUCGAGAAGCUAAACGCUGCAGAAACACGAAAGAAGUUUGAUGAAGUGACAGCAAUUCUUGCCGAAAACUCUGCUUCGACCCUCGUUUCGCGCGUCCAGCAGGUGCUGGAAAGCACCUACAACCUCGAGUUCUCCGCAGCGCCGACGGUGACGGGUGCUCCGGCGGCUUCCAAGGACGCUUCGGUCGACGAGCCGGCACCAGUAACAACUGGCGCAACCUUCGUCGAGACGCAGUUUGCCAUCAAGGUGCCGGUCGCCGUGAGCGGUGAUGCACUAGCAAAAGCCAUCCAGGAGGCCGUUGAGGAAGCGAUGAAGAGUAGUUCCGACUCUCUUGCCGAUGAAUACUUCAACGUCGGCGUGAGCGUUUCCCCGCCAGCAAACCUUAAGAGCGGGGAUCCACUCGCCAAGCGCAAGACGCAGCAAGCUCAGGAUCGACAAAUCAGUAUUGUUUUGUCUGGUGAGCUUUCGGCAGAGGCAGUUGCAGAAGCACUGGAGGCCUUAACGUCGAUCGACGAGAAGCCGACUGACGCAGCGGCUCCUGGCGCAGGCGCAGAUGCUGCCGAGGACGCGCGCGAGGCAGCGUCUCCCGCCCUUGAGAAGGCUCGCGGCUUCGGCGCGAAGUUCGCUUCUUUGUUGUCGGAAAAGGCGACGCAAAAUUACAACAUUACCUUGCAGAACACCACCAAUGCGGAUGGCAGUGCGCGAAACUCCAUCAUCCGGAAGGAGGCCGCACCAAAGCAGGUUUCGCAGGCGAAGUCGGGCAUCAAGUUCGUGCUAGGCGACAAGGCGACGGGUGAGGAGGCUGACCGCAGCGCGGUGCCGCCUAGCGAUGAGAUGCAGGCUAUAAUCGCCGAAGCAGUUGCGGAAGUGCUCGCUGACCUCACUGGUAUCGACUUGACCGAGAGUCACAUCUUUGUGGACAUGCAGAGCAGCGGCAGCAGCGACGUCGAUGCUUCGUUCUCAGUUCCGAGUGGCGACGAGAUCUUGCGCAGCUUCGUGGACGGUAACGACCGCACGGGCCGCAACGAGAAGUUCCGACUCGCACUGGCGCAAGCGGUCGCUGCCAAGAUCGAGGCUCGCAACGUGGCGAAGAACGUGACGCGCAGCAUUGCGCUGAACAUGGCCUCUGUGAAGUCUGCAGAGGCGUCUGCCGCAAGCUUCGUGCAAACCGUGAUGCAGUUCCAGCUGCCGAGUGGGAGUGAUAUGCUGAACCAGGACGCCCUGUUUGCGUUAGCACAAACGGCAGCCAGCACCGCGCUGAAGGCUGCCGCUGGUGUAGACGUACCGGGAAGCAAGAUCUUCGUGCGCUACACUGCUGGAAGCAACGCCACACACUUUGGUCUGGAAAUCGGCGUGGCGCUGGACACCGACACCUUUGAUGCGGUGACGCGCUCCAAGAUCCAGAAAUCGUUCUCGAAGGUUGUGAAAACUGUAGACAGCAGCACGGGCGCGGUUAGCACGACUGCAUCGGCCGAAGCGCAGACGCUCGCCUCGAAAUUCACGGAGCAGUUGCAAUCACUCGGCGUAUCGAGCUUUGCGGCCCCGCCAGCGGUCACGCAGGACACUGCGGAGGCAUCGCCAGCACAGGCCUCGACAGAUUUGGCGCCACUGGACCAGGAAACGCCGGGUGGACUGAUCUUCGUCGAAACCGAGAUCAGCGUGGAAACGCCUAGCGGAAGCAGUCCGUUCAACAGCGACAAGAGUGGUGCGGACGAGCUUGGAGAACUCUUGCAAAAAGCCUUUGCUAACGUGAUGAGCAACACCGUGUUGCCUGGUUUGACCUCAGUGACCGGAAAGCCGCGCGCAACGCCAGCGACGCUCAUCACUUCAAAGGAGGUGGCCGUGACCUACCAGUACAUGGCUCCUGUGGAAGUAGGAAGCGACAAGAGAGCGCGAAUUUACCGUGUGGUCCUGCAGACACAGGGCCUAUCGCCAAGUGAAGCGGGUCAGGUGAUGAAGUCGGUGUCACGUUCCAACGCGGACUUCGGAACCACGAUGCUUGAGGAGCUGGGCCGAUUGGCGAUCAGCGACGACACGCGACUGAGCGAAGUUUCGAAUCCAACGCUGCAGGCAGAAGCAGCACAAGCCUCGCAGACGCACGUGCGGCUCGAGGUGUCACUGAAGCAGGAGUACUCGGCCGCAGAAGUGGUCGCUUUGGGCGUGGAAAAGCGACUACAGAACUCACUGCGCGAAACGCUGGGAGAAGUCGGCGUUGCACGUCUCGCAAACGAGCACAUUGUCGUUCGACUCGAGCGCGAAUCCACCUUCUUGGAUGACGCCGCGAGGGCCGCCGACGUCAAUGCGACAAGCAGCAAGUGGACAUUCUUCGUUGCAUUACCCACCGCAUCCGAGACGCUUUCCAACAUGGUAGCGGUAUUCACCGAUGAUGCUGGCAAGAACGCAACUUCUGCGUUCCCUAACGGCGACGCUGAGAUCUUUAUCACGAUUUUGUCGAACAAAAUGCAGCUCUCCGAUUCAAACUCUGGCAACAACGUGCUAGCCGCAACAGGAGACGAGCCACUCAUCAAGGUGCCACUUGAGUCUGUGGAGCGGCAGUACUUGCAGUCUGAGUUGAAUCUGGCGCAGGACGUGACGGCGGAAGCCAUUGGUGCAGACGGCCUGUCGAUCGGUGGUGGUCUGACGGCCGAGAAGGAUUUGAUUCCUGUUGUCCAGAAGGCCGUGGCCAGUGCGCUCGCGAACGCCAUGAGUGAGAUCAAGGAUGCCUUUGGACAGCCAGUGCUUUCGCUACAGCAAGGAGACGUUGCGGUCGCCGUUUUCCGCAAGGAUACGGAGGAAGUGACGCGCACGGACGGAACCAAGCGGCAGCAGCAAGUGACCCAGGUAGUCUUCUCGAUUCCACUGUCGGCGGCCGGCGGGGUGCAGGCAGCCGAGGAGGCCUUACAGCGCUUCAUGAGCAACGCGAACGCAGACUCUAUCACCUUCCUGAACAAGCUUGCGGCGCGGCUCAGCGUGCGUGGCGUCGAGUUUUACGAGGCCGCGCCGCCGCCGGCAAGAGGCUCGGGUGGCAGCCCCGCGUUGACCGACUCGCAGGUGCAGUCCGCCGCGCAACCACAAGCGCAGAAGGCGGACGCAUUUGUGCCCACCGACGCCUUUGCCGUGACCACGGAAUCGGCAGAGCGUUCCGAAGUGGCUUCGACCGAGGUGAACCUCCGCACCAAGAUCACCUUUGUCCAGAGCACCUUGUCGUUGCGUGUGGCCAAUGUUAGUCUUCCGCGCACAGAACUCGUGCACAUCCUCCGCGUGGCGGUCGCAGACGCUAUCUCCAACAACAAGGCGGUCGUCGAUGCGGUUGGCGGUGCGAGCGGCAGUGUGACGCCGAACGACGUGGCCGUGACCAUUGCGGAGCGCACCGCUCUGAAGCAGACGAAGGAGAUCUUUGUCACGGUGGCUGCGCGCGAGAAGGCAACGUCCACGAAGCUCGCGGCGCAAGUGCAGGCUCUGAUGUCACGGAUGAGCGGACGCAGCUUCGAGUUCGUGGAUUCCGUGUUCGCGAACCUGAACAAGAUCAUUAAGCAGGACGGCGGUCUGGCAGAUCCAACGAAGAACCUGGCAACCUACAGGGAAGCCAUCCUGGAGGAUUUGCUGGUUUUGCCAAUGUUCUCGAAGCCGAGUUCGAUGACGCAGGGCCGCGCAAGCUUCGAAUAUGUGCGCGAGGCAAAUGCGCCUACAGGUCGCACCGAGGAGGCCGAGGAGAAGAUUGUGGUGACGCUGAUCCAACAUGCUUUCGCGGCUGCGAUCAAGGCUGCGACGGGCACUGGUCUCGCACCCGAGCAGGUCUCGAUCGUGCUGGACCCGCGCUCUGCGCUGCUCAAGCUUCCGACCUUCUCGUUCGGUGUUCCGCUCUCGAAGUCGCAAAUCGCGUGGUUCCUGUCGGACGCCAAUAACGGGGAUCCCAGUAAGGGUUUCACGCCCAUCCUGAGGAAGGCGAUGGAGCGGCUCGCGGCGCAGACUACAACCACGGGCACGCCCGCUGUUUGGGAGAGCAUGAUCAAGAGCGCCGACAAGGUAUCGAUCGAUGCAAGCUCUCCCGGCGCAGCUGCUGGCGUGACAAAGUCGCGUGCCUACGUGAGCUUCAACCUCGAGAUGGAGCUGGUGGACACCAACACCACGUGGCUGCCGCGAUCGGAGACGAUGCUGGCUCUCUGGCUGAAGUCGAGUGUACGCGAUGCUGCGACACUGACUGCGAACCUCACCAAUGUUGACGCGGAUAGCAUUGCUGUCUUGCUGGCGGAAGCGCUGCCUCUCACAGGUCUAAACGCGACUGCCAGAGUGGCGGUUGCUUUACCGCUCGAUGAAACGAACUUCGGCGCUGGGACAAAGAGCAUCGGCGAAACGCUCAAGUUGCUGGGCGCAAACCAGGCUCAAGCAUUCCUGCAGAAGACAGAGGAUAAGUUGCGCACCUUUGGACUGGGCUUUUCGGAGUCGCUGAAGGUGGUGCAGCCGAAGGCUGCUAGUGCCCCGGCUAGCGUAUCGAGCGCGACCGCUGCGCAGCAGUCCGCCAUUGAGCAACGCUCGGCUUCCGGAGAGACGGCGACGGCCCAGGAAAGGGCCGCAUCGACCGUGCAAGUAGAUCCCUUCACCACGUCCGACGAGGCGAUCACCGAAGCAGAACCCAGUGUGCUCAAAGGCUCUGCGACGUUCGUGCAGGGCACUUUGGUACUAGAGGUCUCGAACGUAAUUUCUGACGCGACGCUGAAAAAGUUCGCCCGACAGAGUGUGAUUGCAGCUCUGCCAUUUGCGGCGCCAGCAACCAUGGACCUGGACGUCGAGAUCGCAUGCACGAUUGAGCCGCCUUCGCAGCCGCUUUCGUUCGGCGAACUGACCGAGAUGCGCGAAGUUGCGGUGGUUGUGCAAGGCAUGUUGUCCGCAACCGCGCUGUCGCAGAUUCUCGACGCUCUCGACACAAUUGAAGAGGGUCUCUUCACCGAGGCGCAGAGUAGCUUCGCGAUGGAGCCCAAAGAUUCCACUGUGACCGCAGUGGCGGGUCGCGAAAGCGUAACCGAAGACAAGAAUACGCUGAAGCAGAACCCCGCGCAGCUGAUCAGAAACAUGGUGCUUGCGGAAAUGAACAAGUUGAUCGACAACUCGCCCUACAACGCAACCGCAAGCGCGAAGAUCCAGUCGGUGAAAUCAGCGGAGAAGCCUCCCAAGGCGGUCACGAAGACGGAUUCCCAAGUGCAGUUCUCCUUUGCUGGCGUGCAGCGGCCUCCACCCAACGAGGCGGUGACGGAUAUUGUGAAGAAGGCCAUUGCAGCCGCACUGAGCGAACUGACAGGUCUCGACGUCGACCCAGCGCAUGUCGCAGUGUCCCUGCAAACGGACUUCUCACUGUCUCCGGUAAUCGACUUCGCCAUUCCGUUCUCGAAUCCGGCGAUCUCGAGCUACCUGUCUUCAGACCCUUCUUUCAAGCGCGAUGCUUUCCUCACGGCGCUGACCGCGUCGUUGAAGAUGGAGAUGACAAAGUACAAGGAAUCGCUGGAUCCGAACUCAGCAGAUCCUAUAGAACGCGAGUUAGCCUCGAGCUCGCUGGACCUAGCCGCCGCACCAGCCGCAGAGACUGGCGACGCGGCACAGGUAGCCGGUUCGUCUUUGACGCUCGAAAAAGCGAAGCCCUCGGUUUCGGCCUUCGCGGACACCAAGAUGGCGCUCAAUGUCGGUCCCCCGGGUGAAGCGCGACCGAACAGGAACACGAUCCGGUCCAUGAUCCAGAUCGCCGCAGCCGAAGCGAUGAACAGGGAGUUCCCGUCGCUGAACAUCGAACCCGAGAUGGUGACGGUGCGAUUUGCAGCGCAAAACGCCACCGAGGUGGCCCUUGGCAUCGCGUCGGACACGAUUUCGGCCUUCAUGAGUGUGGCUUUACCCGAUAUCUCUAGGAUGGAAUCGUCGCUGGUUGGUCAAGUGCUCACGGUGCUGUCAGCCGCCGGCGGAGCGAGCGUCCAGCAGUCGGUGACAAGCACGCUGGAGGAGUUCGCGGUCGCCGGUGCGAAGACUGAGAUCCCAGACGAUCCGAACAGUGGAAAGUUGGCGGGCGUCAAGCCAGCGGACACGGACAUGAGCGCCAUCGAUGCGGCCCAAAGCGUCGUUUUCGUAAAGGUGCCUGGUGCGAUCCGAACCACUUCCGGCAGUGGGAAGAUCUCGGACAGCAAGUUGGUCGAGCUCCUGAAGUCUGCGGUAGGGGAGAAGCUAGUCAGAGAACUGUUUGAUAAGGCGAACAUUACACAGCAGAUCACGGGUCCCAUGAAGAUUGACCCAGCCACCGGCGAGAAGGUCCUGGACGUGAAGAAGAUCUUUGCGGUGGUGAUGCAGUCGGCUUCGCCAGUGGCAGCAGGCAACAGCACACUGGAUCGCAACUACAUGCUCACCCUGCAGCUGCAGGGCGUUCGCACUUCCGCUGUGGAUCGCUUGCUGAAGAUUCUCACCGACGACUCGGACGUGAGCGCCCCAGCCUCGAAGGCCGACGAGUUCGCGGCUGCGCUAACAGAAAAAGUGGUGGAGCUCGCGAGCAAGGACAGCGAACUGCAAGCUGCUGGCGUUGACGUGGCUUCAGAGAUCACGGGUGGCAAGAUGCGAACCAACGAGGGUGACCAGAACGCUGAUUUGGUUUCCACAGCGCAAACUACGGUUCGCGUGCAGAUGAAGAACGGUGCCACGAAUCAGGCUUUGGACGCCGGACAAGUUUCGUUUCUCCCGCUCCAAGAGGCGAUUGCUAAGGCCCUGUCGGAGACAAGCGGCAAAACCGUGCUCCCAGAGCAGGUGGCGAUUCUUGGGAUGACUGACGCAACGGACGAGAACGGCUUCGUGGACGUGAAAUUCGCGGUGGCCGCCGGAAACGGACCGAUUUUGGGUGCGCUUACGGAGGGUGACGGCAACCAGAUCUUCUCCGACAAAUUGGAGACCGCGAUUGCAACCGAAACGAAGAAAGCUGUCGACGCGGGUGAACUCGACACGACGGCGGCAGGCAUUCCGUCGAGCGGCACCAACCUCGUCAAGGCAGAUGCGGGCAAGGGCGUUUCGGCGCCGAUUCAGCUGAAGCUCUACGUCAGUUUGAAGCUGGAUUUGCCCCCGACUGCUGGGGCGACCGAGAAGGACCGCGACACGACACUCGCGGACGCUCUGCGUAACUCAGCGAAGAAGGCGACGCAGAAGGCCGCACCUGCCGCGACAGUAUCGCGUGGCGCCGUUGUUGUCACUUAUUCGAACACACCGCAAAAGGCAGAAGACACUGCGGCGGACAACUUCCAAGCAACAGUUACAGUGCCAAUUGAGACGGUUGUCGUGAAGAGCGACUCGCCGUUAGAUCCAACGUUGGGCGAGGCAGCCAAGGAAGCGCAGAAGGCGGCAAGCGGCGAGAAGAUUGCCCAGCAGAAGAAGGAAGAGGCGCAGGCCACGAUUGGUACCAUCAAGGAUUCCAUGUCAACUGCGAGCAACCAGUUCUCAGACUCCGUGGCAAAUGUGCUUGAGAGCGGCUACGGCGUGAAUUUGCAGGAGGACGUACAGCAGGACACGCAGGGCAAGGCGCCUGCCGCGGAAGAGCCGACACAGAGUGCCAGCGCGAAGACCGUGACGGAGGAGAAGACGAGUGUCAACUAUGUCGAGACCCAGAUCACGAUUAGCGACUUCCUGGAGGCCGAGGAGGACCCCGCGGACACCGCUGUUGUGGACGAUGGUACUACAGCCUCGUCAGAAGUCUUGGAGAAGAACGUGACGAAACUCGCGAGCUCUGUGAAGAACGAGUUGCAGGAUAAGGACAAGCUGGCGGCCAUCGUCAGCCAGGCGGUCGCGGUGAUACUCUCCGAGAACCGCGCAGAGAUGGAUGCCCUCGACAGCAACACGACCAAACUGCUGAUCACGGAUAUGGGCGACUUCAGUCUGACGGAAAAGGACGUUUCUGUGCUCAUCCGCAACACGACCGUUCUGGUGAAUGCAACCAAGAUCGUGAACGGAACCGUGCAGACGGUGACUAUCACCGCUCGCGAAAUUGUCAUCACAGUGCAGGUGCGCGAGACGCCGGACACCAGCGAGGCCACCGAGCAAAUCGUGGCCUUGUUGUCGAAGGGCAGCUCCGACGCGCAGCGCUUCCAGGAAAAUUUGGGCGUGGCUAUCGGGGAAAAGGCCGUCGAGGCGUCUGUGAAGGAGGCGGUGCGCAGGGAAAUCGUGGAGGCCGCAGCGGCGCUCGAUCCUCCGCAAGUGCUGACUGAUGAGCAGAUUGCCGAGAAGAUGGAGGAGAAGAAGGAGGAAACGAGGGCAAAAGUAAAGGAGGCCCAAAAGACGAUCCGCGAGAACCCGGACAAAUUCGGCAAGACUACGUGCGAUGUCGAGUCAGAACGGGCAGGCACCGUGUCGCAGGUGGGCGGCAAAGCAAGCUUCAUCACGCCGGGCGAGGUGAAAGCCAACACGACGGCCGCGAAGGUGGCCACGGUGAAGGCGAUCCAGCGCGCCUUGCAAGCCGCACUAGCGGAGCUGGGUGGGAUUGACUUGGAGAUCGAGCAGAUCACGGUCAAGCUGGACCCGAACAGUGCAGAAGUUGGGGAGCCAACGUUCUCGUUUGGCAUUCCGUCACAGGGCAAUGUGCCAAAUGCGAUGUUCUCCGAGGACACGACGAAAACCGAAGACUUCCAGAAGCUGCUGCAGAAGUACUUGUCGCGCGAAUACUACGCUGCCAGUACGAACGCAACCUCGACCGCGGGCGCGCAGGGACUUCCGAAGGUUCCUGCAGCGAUGCUGGAGGACAAAUCACCGGAGGAGCUAAUCGAUGCGCCGCCUGCAGUCAAGGGCAGCGCGAAACAGAAGACCUACCUCGAAACCGACCUCCAGCUGGUUCUCACAACGCUGUUCGCAGGCAAGCUUCCGAAAACGCUGGAUCUGAUCAAGUCGCUCAUCAUGUCUGCUGUGAUCAAGGCGACCAAAACGCGCUCCAACUACGAGCUUGUGCCAGGCAAGGACGUGAGCAUCCUCUUCUCGGGAGACCCCCAGAAGGCGCUGGACGACGUCGCGUCUGGCAAGGAGGCGAGUAGCGUGCUCAACACGAAGGUCGUGAUGGCCUUCUCGGAAGACAACGUGCCUGAUCCCGCUACGAAGAUUGUUGCGUCGGCGGGGGAUCUGAUGAAGAACUUGAUGAACGUGCUGACCACAAAACAGACCAACCCAGAGACGGGUCUGCUAGAAUCAGUACCGUCACCGGCUCUGCUGAUGAUGAUGAAGACGGAGCUAGAGGACUUCGGCCUCGUCUCGCCCGCGCCACCGAAGGCCAACGGGGCGGCAGCCGAGUCCGCUCCGCCACAAACCAAGGACAGCUUCCUAGAGCCGCCGAAGAAGAAAGAGGUGAACUUUGGCGACCUAGACAACCCGAUCAAGUCGAUUCCGCUGGCGGAAACCAAGUACUACAUGGAUUUGGGCAAGAGCACCAACCAAACGGCGAUGGAGCAGAUCCACGAGUGGGUGCGUCACGCCGCAGCAGAGAGUAUCCUGAAUUCUGUGCCGGAGCUGAUCGAGGAGUUGCUCUUUGAAGCAAAAUACUCGGUUGCUGCGGUGGGAAACAUGACAGAUGCUCGCAAGCGCGAAAUCGCACUGCAACUCCAGAAGGAGCGCACAAGUCUCUUCUUCAACGACGAUAAAGAUGGCAAAACGCAGCGACGUCGUGUCAGGCGCUUGGAUUCGGGAAGCUUUGCGAGCACAGGGUUCGACUUGGGCUCCGACGACUGCGAGAACUUGCCUGGUCACCGACGCACGCGUGGGCCACUAGGCAGAAAGAUCUACUCGAGUGACCACCUACCCGAGCAGGAGAGGUGCUACGUGGACGACCAGCAUGUCGAGUGGGACUUCGUCGAUGAGCCGUUGUUGCAGCGUCGCCUUCGCGACCGCGAAGAAGACGCCGCACUGCGAAGACGCCUGCAAGGCGUAUCUGCCAGUGGUGUGGAUGCCGAAUCGGCGUACGAAUCGAUGUUGUGUUCUGCGGACGACUCGCAGCUUUGCAGAGAGGGAAGAAUUGCGCCAGGCAGCGGACUGCGUCGGCGACAACUGUCGACCAUCAGCUCGACGCCGGCUGCGGGUGGAGUGAAUCGGCAGAUGUCAAUUGUGAUAGCCACGACUGGAACGGACGGUGGACGAUCACUGGAGACCGUGACGGCCAUGCUUGAAGCCUUGUCCAAGGAUGCAGCUAGUGGACGCGCCACCACCUUCCAGAACACGCUUGGAUCGCAGCUCGAUGGCUUCUCCGGCGCCAGUUCCAAGGGCGAGGCAGUGACGCUAGAUUCCCAGGCUGACCCGGCCGCGACCCAACCAGAACAGGUGAGCUCCAACUUGGCGUUCGAUCUGGUCAUGCAGGCGGCUAUUAACCCAGCGACCGGGUUGCCAUUUCCGCUGAACAAAACGGAAGCGCUUGCCGGCAACGGCAAGGUCGCGCUGGCGCAAAUUUUGGACGUGGUUCGAGAAUCAGUUGCCUUUGCCAUGAACGGCACACGCGGAACUUCUCUGCAGAAGUCUCAAGUCGCGGUGACUUGCUUGGACAACUUGACCUCUCAAGUCGACGACGAAGGCCGUUUGAUCUUUUCGGGGUGGAACGAUACGCUGCAGGAACCGAUCACUUACACAAGUAUGCUGAAUAUGACAAUCACUGUCCCAAUUUCCGGCGACCGGGGUAACAUGUUUGCCAUGUCGAAGAAUACCACGGGAAACAACAUGUUGCUGAAGGCUGUAAAGAGCCAGGUGCAGAGCCGUUCGCAAGAGGUGCUUGUGAAGGCCAUUACCGACUUUUACAACGACACAAGCUUUGCAGAGCGGCUCGCGCUGGAGACCCCGCUGGUCGUGCCGGCCUCGGCCGUCCCGAAGCGGCUGAUGUUCGCGACCGCGUUCUUGAAACUCGAGACACCUGUGUCGGACAUGCAACUGCUGUCUACACUCCGCGAAUCUUCCACGAAGACGAUCAAGCUGUUGGUGCCCGAUCUGCAGCAGGAGGUGACCCCAGCGGACAUCUUCAUCGUUGUGAUCAAGCACAUUGGCGACUUCCGCGAAGUGGUGAUGCAGUUCCCAGUCAUCUCGACGUUCCCGAUCGACGAAUUUGGAGGCCAACUGGAUCUGAGCGCGCUACAGAGCACCGAUGUGGAUGCUGAAUAUUCGAUGAGUGCGGAUAAGGUGGUGCAGGAGCUGGACGAAGAGAAAUUCAUGGCGCCGUUUGCCACCCGCUUCGAGGUGGACAUCGACGCCAUGUUCACGCUGGACGCAACACCGAAGGAAACCAAAAAGCCGGCGGCAGCGCCGCCCGUAGAGACGGAACAACCGAAGAAGUACGACUUGUCGAUUUCGGAGGGUGUUUUGGAGAUCGUGGUGCGCCCGCAGAAUGCCCAGACGGGCUCGCUGUUGACCGACGCUGAGGUCACAAAUAUAACGCUGAAGGCGCUACAAGAAACUCUCGCACUCAAGACAUACAACCCAGCGACCAAAGCGAAUACGACUGCCAUGUUCGAACUCUCUUCGGGCGCGGUUAUCAGCAGCGACUCGGUUGGUAUCAGUUUGCUGGACGGCAGCCUUGCCGAGCCAGAACGCAAGACAUUCUUGGUCACGCUCAAGGGCGCGGGUUUGACCGGUGCGGAGGUAGCCGAAGCGCUGGCCAUGAUCUCAAAGCCGCAGAAGAUCGCAAACUUGGACACGGCAGAGGAGUCAGAAGUUUCGCUGCUGCAGGCGGACGACCCGGUGGCGGAGACGCAGAAGCGGUUCCAGGAAGAGCUGACGAAAAUGCUAGCCCGUCGUGCGUUGGAGCACCCAACGAACCCACAGGUCUUGGGCUCCAUGGACUUUGUGGGCGAACCAGAGCAGAAACCGGUAACGCAAGUGCCAGCGAAGUUCACCUUGGCGAGUGGCAACAAGACGCAGGAGGAGGUGACAGCUGCGAUCGCCAGAGCGGUGCGGCAAUCCUUGAACGACUUGGCGGGUACGGAAUUCGAGGCGGACCACGUGACGAUCCUAAUCGUCGAUCCAGUGACAGGCGCGAAGGUGUUGCCGAGUGCGCUAGAGGAGAUCCCAGCGGGCACGGAAUUAAAUAUCGAGAUUGUGAUUCCGAGCAGCACACCGACAGUGACGACGUUGCUGAGCGGCUCCGAGCUUGCGCACAACUUGUUCAAGGCGACCGUGCAGAACGUGAUGGAGGAGGUGUUGCCGGAGACGGGCGUGAGCUUGGCACCCAAGAGUUUCACGAGUACCAGCGACCCGUUGAUCUCCGAGACCGUGAUGAUGCCCAUCGAGUUGCCGGUGGAACGAAAGAGGGAGCUGCCGGACGCGCAGACGAUGAACUUCGUGCUCCAGGAGGCGGCGGCCAAGUCUCUCACUGAGGCUUUGGCGCCACAGGUCGUCACACGCGACCAGAUCUCAGUAGUCUUCCCGGAUCCCGAAGACACUUCGAACUUCACCAUUUCCGUGCUUGCUAUCGAGAGCAUGCCGCAGUCGCAGGCCGCGCGCACGCGCGAGGCGGUGCUGCAAGUGCUUGGCAGCAACAGCGCUUCGUUCUUGACUCCGCUGCUGGAGGGACUGGACGCAUUGGGUGUCAACUUCCAAGCCAACACCACUAUUCCAGAGCCAAGGGAGCCUCCGGAGAUUCCGAAGGCUGCUGCGGACGUAACCGUACCAGCAGACUCAGGCGCCGAGAGCUUCCCGGAUGUGGAUUUGGCUUACGUGGAGAGCGAGAUCGAGCUGCCCAACCUACCAGCUUCGGUGCUUUCGAGCGCGCUGAAUGCCAAUGACGUUCUCUUCGCACGCUACUGCCGACAGGCUUUGUCUACGGCGUUGAAACUCGAGUACCCGGAACGCGCAAGCAUAGUCCCAACGGAACACGAGAUCUCCAUCACGGACUUCCAGUCCUUCACGCGGGACGUUACAGACGCUGUGUCCGGCACGACGAAGACGCAACGCGGUCGACGCAUGCACAUCUUGAUCCAGGGACGCAAGACCCAGAAGGACAAGACGCUCCUAGGUCAACUCGUUGGCUUGGUGUCAAAGAACUCGGCCGCAAAGGCGCGUUCCCAGCGCGUCUUCACCAGCAUGGCGAAGGAGAUGGCUACAUUGACCGGGGUUCCAGAGACCGAUCCGACCACAGGCGAACUGUCAUUCGCGCCCCCAGUCGCGUUGCGCGAUGAAGCGAGACUGAAGACGUCGACACAGGGUGACAUCUUGUUCCGCGUCGAUGGUGGCGUGGAGGGCCCUGACGUCGUUGAUUUGCAGUUAGCCGCACGCAACGCCCUCGAGGAGGUCACGGGCAUUGAGAUCAUCCGCGAGGAGGUAAUUCAUACUUUCUUCACACAAAUUGAAAUUGUCCAUUUUCUAUUUCUCCAAUGAGUCUCUCAACAUGGGUCUUACACUUACUCUUUUAUCUCACACUAACUUGGACUUGUUUCAAUGUCGUUUGUGCAUUCUGCACUAAUCCUAUUCACAGGUUGCUGUCGUGUCUGUGUUCCCAACACGCGAAAAGGAUCAUUAUCGAAUGCGAUUGGCAAUGCCAGUAGCGGGAGAGGUGGUCCGGGAUGCGUUCUCAGCUUCGCAGGCAGAGACCAGUGCGACCUUUGCCAAGGCUUUGAGGUAUUAGAAGCUAUAGCUUAUCUGACAAGAAAACUCAAAUUGUUCAUUGAUGUUCUACUUGCUGGGCAGAAUGAGUUUCUUGUGAAAUUUUUUCGAGAAGUGAUUCUGAGAGGAUGCUGAUAUUGCAAUUACAUCUAGCUUAGCCAUGAAGAUACAAAAAGAAAAUCGCUUGUUACUUUUUGUUCGAACACCAAUUAUCAGAAACUUCCUGCGGGACAUGGGACACUACACGUGCGCGGGCUUUCAAGUGAUUACUGAUUUGGCCGAGCGUCUAAACUACGUGAAGGGCACAGUCACAUCGACGUAUGCAGACGGAAGUCAAUUCCUAACUGUAGAUGCCGAAAGCGAGAACGCGGAGGUCAUGACGUUAGGCGCACAGACCAGUGUGCAACAAGCUUUGUCUCCGGUUUUGCCGGAGCUGCACGCAGCCGACAUCACGAUCGCGCAAAGUAGCACGUAUUCGGAAGGCAAUACACGCGGCUACAUGGUGAUCGUACAAGUACCAGAGGAUGCUACGGACGGAACAGAGGCAAAGUCGCUUGAAGUGUCCAGGAUUUUAUCGGUACCCGCGGAAGGCGAGCCUGUCCCAGCGGCCCGAACCCAAUUCCUUGGCAACUUGAACACGGCACUGACGGAUCUCGGGUUCGAAGGGGUCACAGCAGGCACUGCCGGAACCGUGGAGAACAGUGGCACUUUGCUUCCGCAACUGCCACCGGAGGACCCACAGUUGACAGCGACCGGCGAGUCGAUGUGGGCCGGCCAGGCGACCUGGCUCGAGGCGGACCUCCGCGUGACGCUGUCGGAGCCACGUCCGGACGCCUACAAUAUCACAAAGCUGGAUUUGGCUUUGCGUCGCGCCUUGGGAGAAACGAGUCGCGGGCUCUUCACCGCGGACGAAGUGGCCAUUGUGGUCUUCCCACGGUACGAGAACGACACCUCACCCAUGGACGAAGUCCGCGUAACUUUCGCGUUCGCUCUGCCAGGAGAAACGACGGCUUCAGGUGCUCAGGCCGCGGUGGUGUCCUAUUCCGAGGGCAGCACCGACCUGACCAUGGAAAACAGCAUUUCGGACGCGCUCGUGGCCGCGAGCGCCGACUUUGUGGGGGCUUUAGCAACAUCUGCGCGCUUGAUCGGGUUCGCGCGACUGCCGAGUGAGGUGAGCGGGAAAAUGCGCAUGGAGUUCACCGGCUCCGUGCCGAGCUCAGCGGACAUCCGUUCGUUUGUGCGCCAGGUGACAGUGGAAAACUUCAACCGCAUAGGAAAUUACACUUUGAAACCGGAACACUCCUACGUGGACGCGCCUGUAGUCACAGGCAGCACCGUGGAGGCUAUCUUCACGAUUCCGCUGACGGGACAGCUUUCCAAGGAUCUGCUCGACGCGAGCCACAGGCACGGCGAAGCUUGGAUCCAGAAUGUCCGAACUAACUUCACGACGCUCCUGACGGCCAAGUAUCCCAGUUCGGGAUUGACCUCAAUUGCGCUCCCAGAACCUGGCUAUUCUCGGUACUACCUGAAGAUCCAGGGAACCGUGCCCAUGUCGAUGCAGCUGGAUGCCACCACCCUGGAUGUCUACGCGCGAAGCACUGGCCUGAGUCUGUCGAUCUUCACCGAGAACAUUAAUGAGGGUCUCGUCUCCUUCAAGCAGCUGGUGCUUGCAGUCUCGAACGGCGCCAAGAGUCAGAUUCUUGUGGUGUAUUCGACCAGCUUCAAGGAGCGGCUUCAGAACAUUGCCGCUUCCCUUGGCAAGAGCGAGAACCACGAUUCCUUCACCACCCCUCUGCUGACGCGCAUGCGCAUGCAAGCAGUGGCUAUCGAGGACGACGAAUCCUUCACUAUCGGCAAAGUGGCAACGGCAAUGCAGGCAACCACGCGCGCAGGCGAUACGGCAGAGGAAACUUACGUCGUGGAGACCGCUUUUGCCGUGUCCGUGCAGGAUUUGAACUACAUGAUGAUGGCUGCCACAGCGAACGCCGUGAACGACAACGCGGGCACCAGCUUGACCCCACAAGAUGUCGUGUUGACCACUCAGUCGGAAACGAAAGCGGCAGACGACCGCCUCCUCUCGUCCUCAGUCGACGAGGAGGGAACGUUCUUCGGUGCUUCGAACGGAUUCACUUCUGCCAAGGACUACGCGAUGUACAGCCGCGGUCUUGCGACCACGACGACCUCCGCGGAGUCCAUGUGGUGGUGGCCUUCCGCUGGAUACAUGGAUCCUAGCAUCUACGGAAGAUCCUGGCACACGGACGCCGCCUCGGCACAGCACGACAAGGAGUCGGGCUUUGAAGAUCCAACAUUAGCGAAUAUUCGUCGUUCAUCUCCGAGCAAACGGGCACUGCGGCAACGACGCAUGCUGGCGUCUUUCCGACAGAGUAACUUCGGCUACGCGAGCGCUGCUAUACAGAAGUUUGACCGUGUCAGCAGGAAGCAGGGUCAAGCCUCCGUCCCAGCCACUAGCGGACGGGGAGGAAAGUCGCUAGUUGCGCUCCCUUCGUUCCGCGCAGUCACGCGCGCGGCCGAGAAGCAGUACUUGCGAUUUUUGCAAGAAGACGCGGAGGAGCAGCUGCAGGAUGCAGACGAAGCGACACUGCGACGCCUGCAAACUAGCGGUGGCGGUCUUACCGUUCGCAACAUGACACUGGAUUUGGCAACCCAAAGUCCAACUGCCCAGACAAUUCUGUCACAAGGCAACACGGUCUUUAUCGACGCUUUCCAGACGGUCUUGACCGGCAUGGCCAAGUCCCUUGGAGUGCGAAUCAUCAAAGCCGAACUCUUUGGCCAAGCUCGAAUUCGUGCUGUCAACUCAAUGCGUGCGAUCCUCGCCUUGUACUCGACCGGAGACGCCAAUGCGGUAUCUUGUUUAUUACCCUCGUUCUACUACAUUUUAUUUUGGUUGAAAAUUUUUGGUACAGACACUGCUGCUGGGUUUUCAGUGUCUGCACAACAUGAUCUUCUACAUCUGCUGUUCAUUCGUUGUAGUACUGUAACUUUUUUUUGAGUACUUAGUUAUUUUCUUCAUCAAAUAAACUAAUGCAGGCUGUGGUCGCGAUGAUUCAAGCAUCGAUGGCGCUCGCAGUGAGUGCAGCGACGGGCACGGUGGUGACACCAGACAUGAUUACCGUGACGAUCACAGGCUCGACUACACUCGCCAACGGCAUGGCUCAGCAGAAUGUGGCUGUGUCUAUUGCCGUGUCAAAGAGUGACGCUGGUAACCAGGGCGCGGCAGCGGCGCAGGCUGGUGCUGUGAGCAACGUGAUGAAGAGUAGCAACACCGCGUUUGGCACCACGUUAGCCACUACCAUGGCUGGCGUGGCCGCGCAAAACAAUCUGACUGUGGCAGACGUCGCCCAGCUGGAGGACGCGACGGUGUCGUUUGUGCAGGAGGUGCUUAUGGGGAUCAUCACGACCACCACCACCACCACCACCACAACCACGGCGACCACCACUAUCACCUCGACCACGACCACCACCACGACACUGCUGCAGUUCGUGAACAUAACGAAUGGCACAGCGAGCGUUGACGACGACGACGACGAUGCCGCAGCGGCGGAGGAGGUGCAGGCCACUGAUGCGGCCAGCGCCACGCUUUUGAUCAUCAUCAUCGCGAUUGCGGUGUCCGGUGGCCUAACGACGUACCGACACUACGUGCUGAUCCAAGAGGAGAAAGCUCGGCAGACCGCCAUCGUGGAGAGCUUCUUGCAAGUGUUCCUCCACCACUGCCCUCAGCACUUCUUCUCUCCAGAAGACUUCAAGCUCGAGAGCUACACUGACGGCACCGAGCGGUGGCUGUACGAGCGCCUGCUGAACCUGAAUCCCCACGACCCGGCGGAGGACUUGCCGCCGCCGUGGGAGCUGGACGCCCUGCACGGCUUACACCAGGACUGCGAGCACACCGCGGAGGCGACCAAGGCAGCCCAAGAUGCGCACGACGACCGCAUCCGCGAAGAGCAGGAGGAAGCGGAGCGGGAGGCCCGCCGGAAAGAAAAGCGUGCCAAGAAAAAGGCCGCCCGCGACGAAGCGCUUGAGAACGGUGAACCAUGGCCGCCGCUGAGCAAGAAAGCCAAAAAGAAGAUGAAGAAGGAGAGACGGCGGGUUUCCAAGAGACAGGCACAGGAGGACGACCCUCCUCUGGCGAUCGAGGAUGUCACUCCCGUCAUUCAGGACCCUGCGCCAGCGGUGACAGGAGAGAGUGUGGUGAGGGCUCCGGUUCCGCCAACGUUACAAGACCCACUGAUGAGUACUGAGGAAGUAGCUACCGGCCAAACGGCGCCGCAGGAUCCAGCUGCAGCAGAGGGCAUGGAGAAUGUACCUCCAGUCCCGGACACGCAGCAGGAUUUGACAGAGAACGUGGCCUCAGUCCUGCCGACCGAAGGCAACCACGCGGAGCCUCCUUCCUCGAGGCAAACGAGCGGCACGUCGGACGACGACAUCCGCACACGCUCAGGCUUCACUAUGUACAACGAAGACGGAGAGCAGGUGGAAGGCUCACACCGAACCGCACUGCCUGACCCUUUCCACCACAAAACAGAAAGGGAAAAAGCGGGUAUCGCGGAAGCGCCAAAGCACAAACCGCCAUCACAAGUACUAUUCAGCAUAUUCAGACCUUCAUCGGUGUACUAUUGGUUCAGUCAACAGUUUAGUAAAGAGUCUAAGGAACGAUAGUUGUUGUAGGCUCCCUAAUACUGGAGUCUACUUUAAUUCACUUUGGGGUCGUGUGGUGGUUAGAUUAAUAAAUGCUCAGGCAUUUUUAGAUUGGCAGGUGCUGUUGUAUAUUCCAAUAGGAUGCUUUAUGUAUGGCUGGCUUGGUUUGGUCAUAAAAACUACGUAGACCUUGUUCUGCCUGAUCUUGAUCAAGACAGAUUCAGAAAAAAGACUUUGAUUGACCUUGAUAUUUUUCUGUUGGACAUCAAAUCUAGUAAGUUUCGUAGACAAGUCUCCCCCCUGAACUUUCUUUUGAUACCUUCUUUCUCAGGUCUUCAAAUACAAAGUGAUGGUGAAUCUGCGUGGGUGCCAGCCAAAUCACAUGCUGCAUGAGUUGAUUCAUCGGUAUAUCCAUCUUUUGGAUCACCACAUCGCAGAAAUGAUGCACAAACAGCACAUGCAGAUGCAACAGGUACUUUUAUAAGAAUUAAAAGUUUUUGAUUUCGAACUUUCUGAUGUAGAUAUCAGGUAACAACUCCCAAACCCAAUCUGGAAUAACAUGAAAAAGGGGAACAGGAGGAUAAACAUCUUCAUGAUCUUCGAAAAGGGAUUAACACGAAAAAGUGUUGCUGAAGUAAAUUGAUUUUUUCUACAACCACCUCUACCAGGUGACAUUCGGUCAACCAUGGCCGCAGCUGCAGAUUAACCAAGAGACCAUGACAGAGGAGCUGGAAGUGCACAUUCGCAUGGCCAUCGGCGAGCGCAUUCACACGAACCACGACCACGUUCAUCAUUCUCAUCCCCCGCACCCGCAUCACCACCAUCACCACCAUAAGCACCACCACCAGAAGUCUGCGGACUCGGAGGUGCAGAGGCAGCUCGAAGACGGCGUGUCGGAGGGCUCCUCUGGAGUGCACAUGGUGCACGACGAGACGGACAUCGACAUUGACGAGUACGAUAUCGAGCACGUGGACGAGCCGAUGGACACCCGAAAUUUGCAGGGCGUCGCUCUGUUCCGGGCCCAGGCCGCGCAAGCCAAGCAGGACAUUCGCGUGUCGAAAGGAAAGAAGACGGUGAUGGACGACGAAGCGCGCCAGAAAACGCGGUCGCCGGACACACUAAAAACGCUAGCGUUAGAACUGCAGGACGAGGGGCCGGCGGCUCCGAAGGGCCUGCUUCGCUACUCCACGUCGCACUCGGUGGCGGCAGCUGGCGGGCUCACCCUAGAGCGCUUUCAGACCGCCGAAAAUCUGGCCAUAGUACCUACGGAGGACCAGCAGCGGCAGCUGGCGCACAUUCAACACGCCGAAGCAGAACGCGAGUUGGAUGCGGAAGAGCGAAAGCGUCUCAGGGAGGAUCGCGCAGCUCAACGCGAAGCGCGUAGAAAAGAAAAGAAGCGACUCAAGAAAGAGCUUAGGUACUUACAUACCAAUCAAUGUCUUCAGAAACAAGAAUUUCAAUUUUCAUUUUGCACCUUCUUCUGCUUCUGUAAAUUGAAUCUUCUUAUGUCGUCUUCGUGAAAUUCAACUCUAACCGAGGUAGAUGAUUUUCAUUGAAUUUAGACUGCAUCAUCUUCCAUUUUCGAAACUUUCAAUUCGAAAACUACUUGAACUUGUACAGGGACGGCGCCUUAGGGGCUUUGAAGAACACGGCCGAAAAUGCGGGUGAGGAAGAUGUUGUUGAUGUGGACGAGCUCACUCCCGAGGAGAGGAAGACCAGGCGAAUCAAUGAGAUCGAAACCCGACUCGCCGAGAUCCGCGAGCUAGACAAGCAUGACAAGAUCGUCGCCCAGGAGAGAAAAAAGCUCAGGGCCAGUGCCAGGCUCUCCUUCAAGUCAGUCGAGGGUGGAGACGAAGAGGAGGAAGACGAAGAGGAAAUCGCCAUGAUGGAAGAUGAGCCCCCAUUGGCACUAGAAGACGGCGAUCACAACGCCGCGGAGCAAUCCAGUCUGGGCACUAGAGGUUCUAGAGGUUCCGCAGGCAGUCACGCAUCCAGUCGCAAUCGCAGUGGUCUUCGCUCAUACGAAGACGCGGGUAGGGAAGAAGAGCUCAUUGGCGGAUUCUUCGAAGAUGAUAACUCUGGCUCAUCGUCCUCAUCGGAUAGUGAAGAAGCCGAGGAUGGUGAUAACUUCUACGAGGGUUCAUCUUCCAGCUCGGAUUCAGAUAGUGAUGACAGCACUUCUGGACAAUCACGAAGUCGAGCAGGUCGCGAAUCAAGAGGCUCCAAGCAACUUGGCUUCACCAGAAGCCCAGGGGGAACCGUCAGGAAAUUGUAGUUUUCUAAGAGAAAUUGAUGAAAUUGAAUUUUACUUAGUAUGUUGGUCACGUCCUAGACCUAGUAGACGACAAGAAACAAAGUGCUGAAACUGAAUGACUCAUGAUGAAUGUCGAGACUUUUUGAUUUUUGCAGAAUGCACUAGACUGGCAAUGUGAUGAGAGAUGAAGAGACGUCUAAGCGGAAGUGAUAAGGGAUGAAGAUACUUUUUCAAGUAGAUGAACGAUUAGAAUUCGAUGUCGAGACUUUUUGAAUUUAGCAGCACAGUUAUUGAGUGCUAAUAUCCGAGAUAUAGUGGACUUGUCUAAAGAACAUCAAAUUCAAAGAAAGCGUUGAGAUUAACACCUCGUUUCCAAAUUAAGUAAUCAAAAAUACAGAAGGUCCCGCCUUCCAUGCGGAGACAACACUCAUCGGGGAGUACUAGAGAACAUCGCUGAUUCACAAGAUUAGGCUGGUUUUUCAUCAAGAGCGCAUGCAGUAUUUUUCCUAAUAAUAUAAUUUUAGCUGUUAGCAGCUAUGAGAGUGUGUACUUAACUGUCCUUAUAUAUAAGGUUGCAGCCUCGACGUCUUACAUCGACAGGCACCCACGCCCACGCCGCAUGCUUUGCCUGUGUGAGCCAGAGCCCGCGCGCGCGGUGAUAGUCUUUGUCAAGUCGUGAUGUAACUUAGAAAGAUAGUCUUUGCAAAUCACAAUAGACAGGGUUUCUGUGUGAGUCAUUGAAAUUAGUUGAGGGUCCUUAUCAGAAUCAUUUACUAAUUAGAAUAACUGAGUCGGAAACAUCUAGUGAACUAAAAUUUUCAGAACGGAUAGCUUGUUUCUAAUUGUGAUCCUCGUGGCAGAUCUAUGUUGAAGAAACCAGGACUGCGUGUAAAAUUGGUGAGUGGUUUCAGACAAGAGUCUCUUUCUAACAAAAAUUCAAAGCUAAUAACUGUGCAGAACUUGUGACUGACAGAAUUUUUGAUGGAAAUACAAAUGAAUAAAAAACAACUACAAUCUUCCUUCGAUCUUCGAUCAAUCAUUCCCUUUCCCUAGAACGAAGAUUGAUUGCAAGGUUAUAUUUAUAUAUUCCCUCCCUAUCACAAGCCCGAUCCCUUUUUCCAUAUCCCUCAUAUCCCUCUCCCCCUUGCUCAUAAAUUAUCGACACCCUCGAUUCCGAGUGCAUAGGUGCAAGAUAGAUGAAGAUAUUAUGUUCGUAGUAGAUGAAGAUAGCACGUUCGUAUGUUCGUAAUAUUUUGAUUCCCCACAACAUGAUCAUGAGAAAAUUAUUAAUGUGUAUGAUGAAGUCUGUAUUUGAGAUUGUAAGUUAUAAGCAUUAUGAGUAGAUGAAGUCAGCAGAUCAAAAAUGAUAGAAUCUAGUAGGUCCAUCUUCGAAGAAGUAUGAAAUGAAUGCCCCAUAAAAAUGCAAAGAAAACAAAAGUAAGAAAGACCGCCAUAUAAGCGCGGCAUGAGAUAAAGAAUCAAACAGUGUCACAAAUAAUGAAAUGAUCAAAAAUGAAGAUAAACCUGACAAGAAAGUCGAUCAGGCUAAGAGAUUAAAAAAUUAUGAUGUACGAAACAGGUUGUUGUUAUUUGUUGAAGAAUUAAGGAGAGAGAUUUACCACCUCAAAAGAUACUGCAUAUUAAAAAAAGAAACAAUGAAAGAAAAUAAGCCUCCCCUGGCAAUAAAGAUUCAGAAAGAAUAUUGAAAACAGAAAAUAAUGA